AUGGAGCUGCGCCGCUUGCCCGAGGCGUUAAAAGUGGAAAUCCAGUGCCACCAGGUAAUGAGAGAGACGGGGUCUCGCCUGGCCGCCAGAAAGGGGAUCCGAAAGCACCAGCCCCGCGUGCUUCCCGAGGGGCGGCGGGCUCUCCUUGUCGCAGGGUCUCUCGACCGGGGGGGGGGGCGGCGGAAAGCGGGUCUCGGGGGCCGGAGAGUCGCGGGAGGGGAGAGAGGAGAGUCUCCGGGAGCCUCCCUCCGCUGCCCUUCACCGGGGGGACCACUUCACAAAAGUAGUUUUCCAGCUUGUUUGGCUGAGUUUUGGCAUGUGUGUGUGUGUGUGUGUCUCUGUUGUCGCGAUCCGGAGUUAACACUGCGGUUGGCACUUGUGUGUGUGUGUGUAUGUGUGUUGGAGAGAUUAGGACGAGACUUGAAUAUUUAUGAGCUUUGCUUGAAACUGACUCGCUGUGUUUACUUGCCUCUUUGUUCCAGACCCCCACCCUCCCCCUUACACACACACACACACAUUUUAAAAAAUCCAUUACACGUGAAACUCUUUCUAGUUCCUUCUUUUAAGGGGCAUUUUUUAAAAGAAACUAGUUGCACAGAUGAAGCAAGAUCCACAGGUAAAUGCAGAUCUGUUUGUGUGUGUGUGUUGAGUGUGUGUUUUUAAAACCCAUCCUCUUCAGUAUUUUAGCUUUCUUGUGUUAAGUGCAGUUCUGCUGGGACAGCAGGAUGAGAAAGUUUAUCAGUAAGAGAUCUCAUUUUGAAGACCGGGCUGAGCUUUGUUACUUAAGGGGGUUAUUCUGUUUCCACCCUCUUUCCUUAUUGUGCAUGCUUUCGGUUGGGCUUUUGCCCCCCGAACAAUUCCUAAGCGCAAGUUUCCUCUGAAUUGGCUUUAGUUUACACUUGGUCUCUAAUCUGCAUUUUAUUGCCAUUUUUACAGAACGGUGAUCUUAAGAAACAAAUCCAUGAGAGGCAAUCGAGAAUAGCUGCUCUUAAUGAAAAACAAGUAAGAAUGAAUCGAUUCAGUUAUGUGUCUGUGGAUGGGGUUUCGUCUUUCCUUUCCUUUCUCUCUCUCUCUCUCUCUUUUACAAAGCACUUUCUAAACAUUCUCAAAGAAUCCGCGUUGGCCGGAAGAAAAAAAAAAUACCUGCACCAGUGAAUAAAACACUCAUGUUUACUAAAGGGAGCCUAAAGUGAGAAAAGGUUUUAAAGAUGAGGGAUCCAGUUUUCUGUUGCCUUGCCAGGCACUGUGUUUAUAUUAAUAACCAUAAUACACAAAAAGAGAUAUGCUGUAGUUAGACGUUUUAAAAACACACACACACACACCGAGGCGUCCAUUUUGAGUUGGUCGACAUGUUUUAGGAAUAUGGGAAAUUAUUUGGUCUUCUGCUUAGUUUGUUUUCACUUCCUUGCAACGUGCAAAAGCAGAGAGUUGAGAAUAAGGGGACUGAUCCCACUUCAAAAGCCUUGAGUGCUAGUUUUGAUUGGAAAGCUGCCUUUGCUUCCAUAGAUACAGAUAUGUAUAUAUAUAUGUGUGUGUGUGUAUAUAUAUUCUCCCCUCCCCCCCCCCACUCCACACACUUGGCGUCUUCUUUCUUUGGCUUGAUCUGACCUGCUGGCUUCGGAAUCGAGUUCAUGUAUAUACAUUUACACAGACACACACAGCCCUGCACCCCUCCUGCAUAGCUUUGUCUACUUAGGCAAAUCUGAGGGGGGUAAAGUGGGGGGAGGGAGAGAGAAGCGAGACACUAUAGAAAGAGAUGCCUUCGCCCACCUUCCUUCCAACAAACUUUCUUUUUUGUGCCUUUCUCUGUGAAGGUGUCUCUUAUUUUGCCCCCUGGUGUGCGUGGGGGCAAUGAAGGAUCCCCCCGUCCUCCCCUCCAUUCCCACCCACCUCCCCUCGCCCCUUUUCCAAGCUGAAAGAAAGUUGUCUCGCAUUGUGAGUUGGUGUUCAGAUCAGCUGAUGGCGCGGGGCUGGGGAUUUGCUGCGUUUCAGCACCACGAACAGAUGCCACGGCACGCUCAGCAGCUCCCCGCGCAUCUCUGGAGCUUUAAAACGACACCCCCCCCCCCCCAACCACACACACAAUACAAGGAGCCCCCUUCCCUGCCCCCCCCCGCCCCGUUCGACUUUCGGUACUUCCAAUGCACGAAUCGCGCAGCGGCUUAGAAAUCUAGUCGAUGACCUGCCGGGUUGUCCUUUCCCCUCCCCCCGCCCCCCCAUAAAAGCCAACUUUCGCCAGGCUCCCCUCCCCUCCCCCUUCCUCGCCUGCUCCUGCAGCUUUGCAAAAGCCCCUUUGGCGGAGAGAGCGAGAGAGCGCAACCUCCUUUCCCUUUCCCUUCGGCUGAAUCGAUCGCGAUUCCUUCGGAAUGCAGCAGUUCUUUCAGCACCAAAACUUGGAAUAGCGCCUGGAUCAUAUUCCGCCCCCCCCGCCCCGCCCGGCCUAAAAGCAGUCUUUCCAGCCUCUGAAGGAGUCUUCGCCAUACGUACCCGGGGGGCGGGGAGAGGGGAGGGAGGAAGCCGGUGGUGGUGGACGGAGAGAGGAAAGGAAUAUUCCCCCCUCCCGCUCCAUAUAGACAGUUGUGGUGGAAGUUAAAAAGUAAGCCGUGCCUAUUUUUCAUCCUCGCCCGCUGCAUGCGCGCCCGAGGCGACGUUGGCUGCAUAUCUUAUCUGCCUGUGCCUGGAUGGGCGCGAGCAUUUCCAGCGCCGCCACCCCCUCCCUGUCCCGAUUGAUCGCAGCCCAGAAUUUGUCAGCUCGCUCAGUUUGGUAGUGGAAGCUUCCAUUUUGUGAGGAAGGGGUGUUGGUUUCUUCAUGACAUGGAGAAAAGUCUGCAGAGUUUGAAGGCGGGGGGAUGGGCCCCCAUUCAUGCUUAACAUUACCAUUUUGAUUGCUUUGAUGCCAUUUUUUUUAGUGGGGGAGGGGACAGAAUGCCCUACUCAGCAGAGCACAAAGAUGUUUAAUCACUGUAUGGAAUCAAAUCAGAUAGUUUCUUUUCUUUGGGGGUGGGGGAAGGAAGCAGCACAGAAGCAGCAGCUUAGAGCAGUUAGUCCUUUUUUCUUGUUGGGUAAAACACUGUGCUAUAUUGAUUCUGCUACUACACCGAGUAGAGAAUUUAUUAAAGCAAGGGAACAGCCUCACACUGCCGAGAAUACAUUUGUUUAUGUUUUCCUGUCUUUGAAAGGGAAAUAGUCGGUGGUGGUUGGUUUUACUGCAUUAAAGUGAUUGUUCCUCUCUGCAUUAUAACAACUAUUUCAAGGCUAUUGAAAUUUUUAUGAUGAUAGUAAUUGGUGAGCUGUUUAUUAUGUACCAUGCUGGAAUUUAGAUAAGGCAAAUAGACAUACUUGGAAAAUUAGGGUUCGAUGCAGCUGUUGGGUGCAGGAUGACAUUUACCAAUCUCAUGCAACACUUUGUGAACUAAAUCGUCAACAAUGCCUGUGUGUUACACUAAAAGAACCCCGCCCCCCCUCCAAAUUAUGCAAUGAGCUAACUAGUCCUUGGAUUCAACUGCUACUUACAUUGAAAAGUGCAGAUGCCAUCGACAGGCUUCCUCUGCCUGCUUUAUGCAACAAGAACUUAUACAAUGGUAUAAGACCAGAUGCUGAUGCAGUGUCUUCUUGUGCUGCGCACUGUCACCUCUGGAGGCCAGAUAGGAAAUCUCCCUUUGCACAGAGAGAAGAGUGAUAGGAGUUUUAAAGCCUCAGCCUAAAUACAGAUCACAAAGUUGCUGGAGUCAGAUUUUGAUACAAUUAAUGUUAUUUCUUCAAGGAAAAGGUCCAAAGCUCCCCUCCCAUUUUUGCCUCGCAUGGAAGAGGACUGCUGCAUGUGAGCUUGGAUUUCAUGUUUUAAAUCAGACUCCCUGUUCCAAAAAACACAGAGUUCACUGUGAAACAUUUAAACAGACCUCUGGGAAGUAGAAUUAGGAAUGUUGGUUUUAACUGGUACAAGUUAUUCAUAUUCCUGUCCAUAUCUUUCAGGUACCAUUUUUGUUUUUACAUUCUGCAAAUGUGGAACUCAUGAAUGUGACUGGGUGAAAAUGCUAUGGAAAUUCUGGCUGCAGUCCAUAACUCCAGUGACUUUAACAGGGCUAAUCUGGGAUCAAUGGGAAUGAAGACUGCCCAACCCAGAGGCCCUAUGUUUAUGCAUGUUUUGUGUUCAUUUUUAAUUGAAAGAGAAAAUAGAAUAUGUGAAACCAUACCAGCCACAUAUAUUGGCCAUGGCCAUUGGGUUGGAUUCAGGUUACCUUAGCUGCAUGUAGAUAAGAACAUAAGAAGAGCUGUGAUGGAUCAGACCAAAGGCUCAUCUAUUCCAGCAUCCUGUUAUUACAGUGGCCAACCAGAUGCUUAUGAGAAGCAGGACACCAUCACAAAAACACUCAAUAAACUUCCCAUGUAGGAGGAACAUACACCAUUGCAAUUCUUCCAUAGUGUACAACUAGAUGUCAUUGCUGUUGUCAUGCACCACCACUGCUGAUAGACUCCUCUAUGCCUAGUUGGACAUAGUGUUACAUUGAACUCAAUUUGACUUCCCUGUGGGCAGACCCAUUUGGCAUUGCAGUGUUAGAGACCAACUCAAACUCUUGGUGGGCAGCAAUGGGGCUUAACAGUGUGGCUUCCACAUUCAGAGUCCCACCACUCCCACUAGUCAGGGUAGAAAGUAGAGAACAGAAAAUUUAUUUGCUGUGCCAUCCUGGAUUGUUGCCCCUGGGUGUAGAGUGAAGAUAGGAGAAAUCCUUCUCUGUUCUUUGUUCCAUGCAUCAGAUUCUUAUUGUGACCACCUGAUUAAUUUAAUAGGCUUCAUCCAUUAUUAUAAUUUUUUUAAAUCAAGGUUUCCAAAAACAAAUGCGAAGUGUUUUGAGGAUAUUACCAAUUUUAAAAAUGGAUUUAUAUAGGAUGCAACUUAGCUGGAGUAAUUUAAUUUAAUUUCUCCUAUAGACUUAAAUACUUUCUGCAGUAUUUUCAAGGAUGGAUUGCAAUCCCCCCCAAUGCAUCUUGAAUCAAUACUUCAUUUUGCGUUUUGUCCCCAAAGUCAAAGCCAGAGCGUGGGUUCUGUUCAUUGCAAACAUUAGUAUACCUGCAUAUUCUACCCCUCCCUCCAGAAUGUUGAUGAAUUGUAAUACUAUUUGAGAAUGGGUUUACUUCUUCUUUAACAAGAUAUGAUGUGUGAAGACUCCAUUAGUUGGUCCAAUGCUUUUACACCUUGAAUCCCCAUCACCUACAGAACAGCUGUAACAUUUUUAUCUAUACUGUCAAGGAACAAGCAUGUAUAUGUAAAUAAAAGGCCUUCACUGAAAAGCAGCAUUGUCCUUUUAAAUGCACAUCUGAAGCACUCCGCUGCAUGUUUGCCUGGGCUUACUAGGCAUCCCUUAACUCCUCUUGCUGCUUUUUUUUUGAACUGCCUACUUAAUAAUUGCACAGUUAAACUCUAACCUGACAUUAGUAUUGACUCGUAAAGCAGAUCUUGGAAAUCAGCAGUGAGCAUGUGGAAGACUUGCUGUGUUUUCAUUGCUGAUGAACCCUCGAUUCAGAGAAGCCUGUCCUGAAGCACAGCAAUAAAAAUAUGUCUUCCUGAGAGGCAUUAUGUAUAUGCCAUUCACUUGGGCGCUGCUUCAUUUCUUUGCUGUAAUUUACUACCUACAUAGAAAUCAACAUUAGUCUCUGACAGACUCUUCCAAGAUAGUGUUAUUGCUGGUUUUGCCUUUUGAGAGUAGCAUAUCUGGAAUUAAAUUGUUGACUGUCAUUUGGUGUUUAUGAUCUGACUGGAAGUAGGUUCUUGGGAUGCAUUAGACUUCUCGGAAUUAAGGUGCUCUUCUUAAGCACUGGGAAUGUGUAGGCAAAUUAUAUCUUUGAUGGAGCGUAUUAUAUUAUCUGUUCCAAGGGGUUGUUUUUGCUGGGCUUUUCAAAUCAAAGGUAGCUAGGUGGUGUCUUGGAAUGGCAGCACAGUUUACACAUGUUUCAGCAGAAAUUAAUGACUUUUCUGGAGCUCAGUGAUUCCUUUGGUUAGGCAUGAAAUAAAGUAGAUAAUAUAAGUAUCAAUGAAAAUAGAAGAUGGAGCCACGAUCCAGGGCUCUGUGUGUGCAGAGACUUCAUGUGCUCUUCUAUAAGGAGGAAAGUCUUCUAUGUAUACUGUAGAGUGGAGCCACUCAGAUCGUGACCAAUACCUUACUUGCAAAUAGAGGAUGACCGAGAGAAUGCAUUUUAUACAUUUGCAGCUAAACAUUUUCUUUGUUUUAUAUAGUUGUGGCAAGAUUUGGCACCUCAUUGGGAAAAGUAGUUGCCAAAAUGGAAAUCAAAUCAUUAAACUUUUGAAAUUCCGCUAAGGAUAACAAUUUCCCCUUCUAUAAACCCCUGAAGCAGAUGAACUUCAGGCCAUCCACUGCAGUGAAAGAUAUUUUGACCAGUUUUUGUUCCAUAGAAACCUUGAUGGCAGAAGAAAGAUUGCUUUAAAAAACACCACACAGCAAACUGGAAUUGUAGUUCUUCACUUGGAAGUGCUAGAGGUUGAGAAAAGUGAAUGUAACAUUUGUUGUAACUGCUUUAAAGAGUUCGCUUUGAUAUCUUAGCCACUUAAAACACCUGCUGUCAGAACAGUACAAUUGAUUUCAAUUAACUUUGAAUUUCUUCAAUAAGAUGACUCUUAUAAUAACUCCAGUAAUCCCAUGAUGCCUCAUUAGAGGAACUGACUAUGAUGAUUAUCUCUGUGAUUUAGUAAUGUUUUCCUUGCAAUGUCUUUGUCUGUUCAGAAAAAGGAAUUCUAGCAACAAUGCUGUUUAGAAUUUGUUCUUGUUUAAUGCUUAAAGAUAUUUGCUACCUGUUACAUGUUGAGGACAGCUAAUCUGCAGUGAGUCAAAAUUGAUUAUUGAACAGCUGAUGGUAGGAUAGCAUGAGCACUGAAAAAACUUGUUGUGUGUGCUGCAUUUUGUAGGGACCUAAUCUUAGAUCAUGCACCAUUUAGCAAUUAUUCUUUCAGUAUAUUUUCAGGCCUACAGAUAGCAAACCUUAAUUUCCAGCUUAAUUUUUUUGCGUAGGACUCUGGCUAUAUCAGUCAGUUAAUGUGGCAUACAUGAGCAGUUUUAGUGUUUCUACAUGUUGCUUUAUUUUGAACAAUUUUCUUUUGAAUACAGCCCUACCAAACAUUAGGUCCAGUUUGGUGAUCAAUAAGGCUGUGUUUAAGGGACAGUCCUUUGUUUCAGGAGGCUAUAGAAACCCAGAAUAGGUUUUUGAUCUUGCAACUCUAGGUGAAGAAUAGUCCUGUUUCAAUGGAUCUUCCAUUGGUUUAAUAAUUUGAUUCACAUAGAGCUUAAUCCAAGAAAGAAAAGGGAAGGUCAUAUUGGUAGUGUGGGCAAAGAAGAAAUGGAGGAACAGGAAGUUCCAAGAAGUUGUAUUUGAUGAUGUAGGUUUGUAAAAGAAAAUUAUAUCCAUGUAUGAAGUAGCAAAAGGUGCCUGGGCAUUUAUUUCUUUGCAGCAGUACAACUGGGAUCCUAAGAGCUCAUGGACCCAAGAGUUUUGACUUGUAUAAAAAGAGUUGAGCAUGUGGUAAAAUGUUUCCCACUGAAGUCAUGAGGACUUAAAGCUUUAUUUAGAUAAGCUUUGGAGCAGGCAAGAAUGUUUCAUUGGCUCAAUUAUCGCUGUAUCAGCCCUAUGAGAUAAGUCUCUCUUACUUCAUAGAAUAAUAGAAUUGUAGACUUGGAAGGGACCCCAAGAGUCAUCUAGUCCAACCCCCGCAGCUGAAGCAUCCAUGACAGAUGGUCAGCUAACCUCUGCUCAAAAACCCCAAUUAAGCUGAAACAUAGUGACGUAGCCAAAGCCUCAGCAUGGAGCUGAGACCAUUGUGACCAAGUCCAGCAUUUUUUUUCUUAACGCAAGUCCGGUAUCACUUCUGCUUUGUUGAAUGGUUGCCCUCAGUUUUGUUCCAUCUUCUAUGAUACUCUGUCUCUAGAGUUUGGGAAAUGGUAUCAAUGCUAUUGUCAAUCUGUGCUGGCAGGUCCUUUAUGAUUGCACUGGUAGCGGGUGGGUAUUGACUGAUUUUGUUAUAUCUAAUAAAUGAUGUGGCACUAUCUCACUGUAAGCGCCUUUUGAUCAGAGCUAUCCCUCAGUUCAGAAAUCUUAGUCCCACUGAUUUCUGUGUGAGACUUAAGCAAUUGUUUAAACAAUUUCCCAGUGAGAUUUAAAUUCCUUAAUCUUGGCUGGAUUGCAUACGCAAUGUUUAACUGAGAAAAAGAGUAGCAAGUUGUAUGGCUCCAUGGUGUCAAAUAAGGAUAUUUUGUCUAUAGAUGAUAAACUGAUACCGUAGCCCUGUACUUUGGAGGAAGAUCCAAGAAUUUACCUUCAAGAAAUUAUGCAGCCCAUACUGCAAAUUUAAGAUAUGUAUCCAAAAGGAAUCCAGUGGAAAUGCAAAUUGGGGUGUAUAUUUUAAUAUAUAUAUAUAUUAGGCAGUUAUAUUAACUUUAGUAAAAAAGUAACACUUAAAAAUGUCUUUUUUGCUAAAAGUAGCACCAUGAUUAGAAAUUACUUCUGUAUAAAAUUUUCUUCCUUAAGCUUCCUUCCUCUUUCUUUCUUUCUUUCUUUCUUUUUGAAUCAGCUACUUAUUGUCAUGUAGUAGCAAUUUUUAGAGUGUCAUAUGAAAUUGCUGAUUGGGCUUAGUUCUAGCUACAACCUCCGCUUGCCAAUAGUAAGCACCUAUUGAAAUCUAAUAUAUGCUGUGCUUUCAACACAGCACACACAACCCCUUAUGGUUAAUAUAACAAAGGAAACCCUGUAUGAAAUAAUACAUUUUAACGCUGGAAGAGCUAAACCUGAAACUCAAGGUUAGGAUGGAAGAAAAAAAGGGCUUUCCUUGACAGAAAGUAAAACAGAAGAAGAUCUGACUGAGAUUGCUCUAAGGAUAUGAAACUCUCUAGUGGAAGCUUUGUGCCUCUGCAGGAAUCAUCUGCUGUGUUGAUUUGAGUGUUUGAGAAAUUGCUCUCCCCCACCCCCACCUCAGCUGAAAUUGGCUCCAGGGAUUUUAAAUAUAGCAGUUGUGGCUACAGAAUGUUUGAUGUAAAAUUUGGCUGAUUGCUUACAUCUAAUCAACAGGAGUAUGUAAUUGGGCUUGAAAGAGAAACUUUGAAUCCCUGCUCAAGGAUUUUCUUCCUUACAUUAACAGUGAUUUAUUCCCUCUGUGAGAGAUGCAAUAUUUUUAUUUGUAAUCUGGAAAGGAUUUGCUUUUCCAUUCAAUAGUGGACCAAUAAAAAUGGGUUACCAAAAGUUUUCCUUUUUAAAAGGAGGUGCAUUGCAUUUUGAGCCAGAGAAGUCAAAUGAGAACAUUGAUACCUUUCACAUGCAGUGCAGCUUAAAGUGUAUUUUCUGUAAUUUCCACUUUCUGGAGCUCUUUGAACAAGUAGAGAUUGCUUAAAGAUUUAUUGGUGAGUUGAAGAUUUUCUCUAUAAAAAAAGAUGAGAAGGGAUGACUGAUUUAGAAAUGCAAGUCAGGACUCCCUCCUUGUGUAUAAUUCUCCUGAUCUCAUUCAGGCAGAAAGGUAAUAUGCUCACAUAAGUGAGUUUGAAAGGUAUAAUUAAAAUAUAUAUAAUAUUUACUAGUAACUGAAAUACAAGAGAAACUGUUUUUAACAUGGCAGGUGAUUAUAGAUACCUCUUCAAGGGAAAAUGACAGUUUUGUACAAAUUCCUCUCCAAUGAAUGUUUCAUUCUGUGGCCUGUAUACAUUAUGCAAAAUAGCCUAUUUGUAUUAUUUCUCUUACUUUGUCAUUUUUUCACAGACUUAAGGACUAGAAACCUUAUUUUUAAAACCAAAAAAAUUGAAGCUUUCAGGAAGCUGGAUUCUGUACCUGUACCACACUCGGUGCCUUUUCUCUGUUCUAGCAGAAUCACAUCAUGCACAUAAAUUUGUUUAUAAUUUCAUAUAGAUUGAAGACCCCUAAAAGAAAACAUAGCAAUUAAAUUGAAAAAUGUAUUUUUAAAAAAAUGUAAAUCCCUCUGGGAAUGAUGUUUCAUUCCUCUCCCUAUCCUCUCCCUCAAAUCAAACCUCUAAGGAUCUUGGGUGAUUUCCAGUGAAAGUCAUAUGCAGAGUAGACCCACAGAAAUCAACAGACCUAACACUGUGUUGAUAAACUCAGAGCCUCUUUGACAACAAAACCUUGGUUCAAAUGGCCUAUAGCAUUAAUGCUUAAACAUGUAGGACAUUUUGUGGGUUGGUGAUAAGUAUGCAGAACUCAGUCAAAGGGUGCAAGAGGGGAGGGGAGAAUCUGUUAAGAAAAAGUAUAAAUAAUCUUGACCCUCUUGUCAUUGUUUAUGACUCAGUGGUUCCCAGUUGGUAGUCCGUGGACCCUAGGGGUUCCACAUAAUCUACCCAGCGGGUCCAUGGCACCAUUCACAUAUCAAGAACUACCAUAGAGAUAUCAAAAAAAUUCAAAAGUAGGGGUUCAUGCUUUGAAAAACAGUGUGUGUGUGUGUGUGUGUGUGUGUGUGUGUGUUUGCAGUAUUUAGCUAAUUGGGAGCCACUGAAUGCAAUAUAAUACAGUCUUUGGCAUGAACUCUAGCACAGAACAUUGAUGCUGUUGCCAAACUUAUCCCUUAUCCAUAGUGUUCCAGUUUACUGUAGCUAAGAUAUAUAUUUUGAAAAGGUAUGGGCACUGUGUAUAAAAGUAAGGUAUUGGGAAAAAUCUAAAGUAGAAGAAUAAGUAGGAAAGAGGUGACUGCAGAGAUGUAUUUCUCUUUUUUUAUUAUUAUUUAAAAAAGCAUUGAACCUCUAAUGUUUCUAUUACUCUGCCACCUGCCAAACAUCCAUAACUCAUAUUCAUGCACAAACCACACAUACACUUACACACAGACAGACAGAAAGAGAGCUCAUAUGUGCACAUGCCUUAUUUACGUGGGUUUAUUAACAUUCUUUGCUGAGUAGGCUUGAAUGAAGUGCAAUCCUCAUAUAGAUGAUCUAAUUAUAAUCAUAAGGGACAGAACAAAAUAAGCAGUCUUUAAAGGGAAAAGAGUCUGGCAGCUUUGUUUAAAGUGUCCUUUAAUGAACUUCUUUAGUAGCUCGUAUCUUAGCAACACAUUUUAUUACAUACCAGUGCGGGAGAAGCAGUUUGCAGAUGGAGUUGCACACAGUAAUUUAUUUUCUCCCUUUUCACCACCCCCACUUCUACUUUCUUCUCUGUGGUGACUCAACUGGAAUAUGCAGACUAGCUGCUUCCUAGCACUGAUAGCUCACUCAAACCCCCUGAUUGGUUCAUUUGUAUGUGCUCUGCCUUGUUAGUUGAUGAAAACGGCAUUUACUAUCUUAGAGACUGUGCUUUGCUUGCUAUGUUAGGAGGAGCAGAGGCAGGGCUGAGGAUUCUGAAUGGGGACCGGGUUUAAAAUGAACAGGCUUCCUUGCAUUCAUCUUUCAUCUGAACACCCUCCCCCCACCUUUCCUUCUUCCCGGCAUCCGCUUAUAUUCACGGGGCACAUCAGUUUCUGGGUUCCUUGAUUAUUUAUUAUCAACUCCUAGUGGGUUUAUUUUAAUCCCUUUCUUCUGCGCUAAAACUGAUUUGAAUACAACAUCUGGGACAUUUAUAAUCCCUUUCUCCUUUUACUGCAAGCACCCUAUGAUUUAAAAUGUAAACGUAUCUUCCAGUUGUAGAUUCUGCUUUGCGUGUGGGUGUGCACAUUUGUAAAACUGACACUUUUCAGCUCGUUUGAAACACAGUUGAUUUGGAAGCAUUUAUGGUUCAGGAGCCUUACCUUCAGAGCGUCAAAUCAAGCAGUCAACUCCAUGAUUUCACUGGCACUAAUCAAGUAGCAAAACGUUACUCAGCAUGAUUAAGGUUGGCCAAACCUUGUCUUCAGAGAGCUUUUGUUCAAAAAUGAAAAGAGGAGAAAGGCAUUUGAUUGAAUCAGACUAAUGUGGAACAUGAACGCUGGGUCAUAUUUCCCCCUGUACUCAGUAAUAUUCGGAACUGACACAGGAGUAGCAAUGAUCAGACUGUCACCCUGGCAGAGGAGAUGGGGGAGGGGAAAUUACACCAAAGUGACCUCCCCUUUUGAAGGGCACAUAGGCUAGUACACAAAACAUUCGAUUUAGCUUUCACUGUAUACAUGAGACACAGCAAACAAGGCAAGAGAGGUGCAAAAGUUAUCAAGUGCAUUUGUGCUCAGUUUGAGCAAUGGCAAAUUGCUCAGUGUCUUCCCUUAGCAUUUGAUUAUAGGCAAAUAACUUUAGGUUUCCAUGAAAACGCAUAUGUGAGCUGGGAACCUUGAUUUAGACAUAUAGCUUUAUGUUGAAACAAAAUUUUAGAUAUACAUUUUGAUCCUGGUUGUCUUUGCUUGAUGGUUUAUGCGAUCUUUUUCUCUCUCCCAAACCUCUGUGCAUGUGAGAGAACCCAGUUGGCUGAUUUAGAAUGGGGGAGGGAAACCACUCAUUUCAACCACAAAAUACAGGCGUUUCACUAAAUGCAGUUCCAUUUCUUUCUCAGCCCCUGGGAUUCUGCUUCGAUAGUUGAACCUCAGUAGUGGGAUGUCCUUUGAAGCUCAAAGCGAUUAAGUUGCCAUGUGAUUAACUUAUUCUUCUCUUUUACAAUUCAUUCCCUUGUUUUAUUAACUUACAGUUGGAUUGCCAAAAUAAUUUAAGCUGUAGAAUGCAUCAAGAUCUUGCCCAAGUGCCAGAAUUAGUAGCGACAACCUGAACGGUUGAAAAGCAAAGCCAUCAUGAAAUUUACAGCCUGGCUAGCAAAAAGGCAGUUAGCUUAAAAAAGAUGGGCCAUCACACAGCCGUGUCUACAAAUAAAGGUGGUGUAGACUGGUGUGUUGGAUAGUAACCAUUUAAACCAUUUAAAAAUAUACUGCAGAGUAAGGCCUGAGUGCACUCCUUGUCAGAAACAGCUGGAACACCUUUUUAUUUCAUUUUUACCCCAUACCUUCCUCCAGAGAGCUCAGAUCAAUGUACAUAAUCUCCACAUCAUUUAACCCAGGCUUCCUCAAACUCAGCCCUCCAGAUGUUUUGAGACUACAGUUCCUAUUAUCCCUGACCACUGGACCUGCUAGCUAGGGAUCAUGUGAGUUGUAGGCCAAAAACGUCUGGAGAGUCAAGUUUGAGGAAGCCUGAUUUAGCCUCACAACAACCCUGUAAAGCAGGUUAGACUAAAAGAGAGUGACCGGACACAAAUUUACUAAAGUAAGCUUUGUGGCCAAGGAGGAAUUUAAACUCAAUUAAAGCAAAGCACACUGUGAACAAGGUUCACUAACUUUCUGGUUAGCACAAUCUGUAGCUUUGUUUGCUAUGAGGUAUAAGAAGAAACUACAACAAAUGCUUUUAAGUCACAGCUUUAUUCAUUUAAAUCUUGAAUACAGUAUAGCCAAGAUGAGGAACCUUGCUGUGAUCUUGCCCUUCCAAUGAAAUCUGUCCUGUCCGUCCCCCUCCAGCCCCCAAUUUAUCAAAAUCUUGCUGCAACUUUGAAAGAAGCAAAUAGAAACUUGGGGAGCCUAUUUCAGCAAAGGCUAAAUUUACAUUGUAUUUCUGAUCCUAAAGAAUACAUGGAAGGGACAUUGUUUCCAGAAGCACAACUACGUAUAGAGCUCUCUAUGAAUUAAAUGGAGUUGAAGCUAAUAAGCAUCUACUUUGUUGGGAUGGAGGAUGGUUCUUAAAGGAGGUUCCAGUCCUGGAUGAAGCAAAGACUCAUUUAUUAACAAUGAGAGCAGGAACAAUGGGAAGCUAAGUGCAGUCUGCAUGAAUAAUAUAACCAAGGCUGGUGAAAAGCGGACAAUUUUAGUAUGCCAAACUGAGUGUAGGAGUGCAGCAUUUCACUUUUUUAGAGACACUCAGGAUUCAUCUCCCCACCAUGCUUUCCCACGCGUAUGGAGAGACAUGCUUAAUCACAAUGGAUCAUCAAUUGAAGGUGUGAGCAACAGCAGCGUAAGGCUGCAAUGGAGCACGAAAAGUUCUGAGAUGAAAAUGCUAUCCUGCGUGCUGGAGAUUUUUCUUUUUUUAAAGAGGGAACAUGAAAUCUGAAUAGUGGGCACGCACAAGUUCUCAUUGCAUCUUAAUAUGUAAAGGAAUGCAUGUGUAAUAUUAAGGCUUGUUCCUCUUUGCAUCCCUGUAAACUGAAUUAUUAUUAUUAUUAUUAUUAUCCCACCCAUCUGGCUGCGUUUCCCCAGCCACUCUGACUAGGCAGAAAAUGAAGGAAGGAAGAUUGUGAUGCCUGAAACAGGUUCAAUGAUGGAGGAAAGUAAAAGGGGAAAAUGAGCUACUCCUAGCCAAGCUUAGUUAGUGUCGCAGUAGCAUAGUGGUGCAGAUCAGGAGCAUCCCAGUUCUCACUCCUUUUGCUCCAAAAAUUCUGUACAUGAUUUUCAAUAAGGGAAUCUCUUUCAUCCUUAGGCCUCCUUUCCCAAUAUGAGCUAGUGCUCUUAUACCUAUCCUACAGGGUUGCUGUAAGGAUUCCACCAAGCUUACAUAGGUAAAGUACACAGAUAUAAGAAUAAUUAUUAGUUUCUUGAACUAUGUAGCUUAACAGAAUUUGCCCGGCUUCGUAAGUGGGAAAGUAAGAUAAUGCAUCCUACCUCUGGAAAGAUGUUUCAUGCAAUCAUAGAUAUGCAAAGCUGGAAACAGGCAGCUAAAUACUGUGGUCAUAGUUUCUUAUUUUUAAAAAAAAACCAUCAUUUUCAUGUAGUUUUCUUUCAAUGUACAACAAGCCGUAAAUUUUAAAUCCUCUUUCCACAACUUCUCCCAUAAAUUAAAAGAUAUAUUGUAACCCACAUCUUUUGCCCAGUGUAUCUACAGCUUUAACUUCUUCAUCUUUAGUGUCCCAGUCUAACAGUAGCUUAUAAAUGUUCGAUAAUAAUAUCUCAUUAUUCUCCAAUAUUCCAAUAAUAUCUCAUUAUUCUCCAUUCUUUUCCAUUUGAAGCUGCUCCUCUCUUGUUACAUUGCUGCUUAAAACACACCUUUUCCAUGAAGCCCUUCGCCAAAGGUAGAUUCUUCCCCUCUUUAUCCCUGCCCCUUCCCUCUCCUCCCCCCAUGACCUUCUCUGAGUCACAUUCUAGAUUGCAAUUCAUUAGGCCAGGGACCAAUCUUUUCUUGUCAUUACAGUAUUCCAUACAGUACCAGACACAUUAAUGAUGAUAAAAACAAUGGCUGAUGAAUGAAAAAAAAAUCAUAUGCAAUUCAAACUGUGCAGACCAUCAGAUGUAUUUUUCUUUCUUUGCAUUUUACUGUUCCUCCAGAAGUCUCAGAGUGGCUUACAUCUGACUCCAAGUGGUCUCCGAACUAGGCAGGAGUCAGGUGCUUACUUUUAGGAGCUCCAGUAACGAGAGCUCCAAGCUUGAGGUCUGGCCUUUAUUAGCAUUUUCAGAUUGUUUUGCAAGUUACAAGAUUUGUGGGUACCCUGUAUGUACCUGUGGUGCAUCCCUGUAGUGUUAGAUAUGAACUUUGAUCCCUCAUUACCUAUGCAUAUUGUGCUCCAUACAGCAUGUAUGUAAGUUUAAAAUGCAAAUAUUGCCUCAUACAUUAUGGUAUGUCUGCAGUAACGCCCCCUCACCCCAAAUUGUACCAUGUCACCCUGAGGAAGAGAAUAGACUCUUCAGAAACUGAAAACGUGUUGACUGGUCCUGUUAUUGCUGCAUGCUCAUUCUCAAGUUCAUCCCCAUAAUCUAAUGAUGUCAAAAUGUCAUGGGGCUGGUCCUCAAUGCAGAACACAGAGCGACAUGACUGAUGUAGGUCUGGCCAAACUAGAAUGCCAAGCAGAGAAGUUGACCCUGCUCAUGGAGUCAAAGCUUUAAGACUUAAUUUGAGCCAGAGUUCACUAAAGUCUAGGGUCUUUGUUGCAGUACCAUUGCUCAGUCCUAGAAAACAUGAAAUAAUAAUAAUAAAACUUAGAGUCACCUUAAGUAUGUGCAGAAUACCUUUCCAUCUGCAUCAAGUACCUGCUUCUAUGGAAAAAUAAGAUACCCCAGAUAGGGUGUAACACAAAUGCUCGAUUAAAUAAACUUUAGACCUCCUCACAGCCUUGGCUCUUGGGCAGUCUGUCAGACACCACAUAUCUAGGACAAUGGCUUUCAGAGAAUAUGAAUUCAAAGAAGGCACAUUUCUCAUUUUUUUAAAAAAGAGAAAUACUUGUAGAGCUUCAUAGUGCUUCGUCACACAAUCCCAAAGCAGAGAUUGAUGGCCUUUGCUCUAGGAUUCACCGUCUUUUCAUUAAUUUUAAUGUAGAGGUACUCCAGACAACUCCAGCUACACCAGAAAUACAAAUUAUUUGGAGUAGAGUUUUAGAGCAAUUCUAACAAGUAGCUUAGUUACAGUCAAAAUGCACUUAGUUUUUCUUUUUUUAAAUUAUUAGCUGUACAAGGCAGAGCUAGGGUCUGAGCUCUUGAAUGCACAUCCAUUUUUAUGGUAAUCUGGUGCAGAUGGGAACAAAUAUCCUGGUGGACACCCUGACAGCCCUCUGGCAACACCCAAGGGUGCCUACGGGCACUGUAUUGACAAUCCUGGCCUAAUGAGAUUUCCCAAAGCUUUAAUACAUAUUUGAUUACCGCCAUCUUCCCCAUAUGGGGGGGGGGGGGCUGGCUCACUGAGCAAGGGGGUACCAGGAGGUUUAAAACAAACAAAACAGUUUAUGGGGCAAGAAGUUAAAAACUCAUGUGGAGCUUGUUUUUUUUAAAAAAAUCAAUUUUAAUCUUGUAUAACAAUGGCACCCGUAUGAAAACAAGGAUUUAGAAACAGAGUAAGAGCACAUUACAAUGCAAGAGCUUUGUAGGGAGAGUGGUGCUUAGAACAAUAUGCAUAAUUUUAUUGUGGAAGUCUGGAAGUCCAUAAGAUUGAGUCCUUAACUUGAUAAAAUAUUUAGUGCAUAAUAGUUGUUUUGUAAGCUUUUUAAAAUGUUUGAUUAAACAUGCAAGAAAGCUCUUUGAAUGACAAGUUCACUUUUUCAGCAUUAAGCACCCAAUCCUGCUCUACUCAUCAUAAUAACUGCAGAAUAAACAAACUCUUUACUUCUUACUUCAGGUGAACAAAUGUGCUUCUUUAUUCCUGGCUGGGUAGAGAACAUAACUGACACUGAAAAGCAGAGGUCAGAAAGGACCAAGGGAUGGAGUCUAGCCCAUAAUACAAGGUUCCAAUACUUAACUUUUCAAGGGUGGUGUUACUGUUCCCCGCCAGAAGGAUUGCUUAGAUGAUUAUAGGGUGAGUGUGAUCAUGAAAAAUCCACCCUUAGUCAGGGAAAGUGAACAUUAAAUGGUCUGUCAUGUCACAAAUGUAAAAGACAAAAUUGGGGGAGAAAUGGGGAGGGGAGUUCACCUGUUUUGCCCACCCUGGCUACAGGGCUGUCUUAUGCUAAACAUUUCUAAUAUAUUGCUUAAAAUAUAUCAGAUAAAAUAUUAUAAUUAACUCCAUCCUAUAUUAAAUGUUUUUAAAACUAUAUAUAGCUCAGUACUAGGCAAAAUCCUUACUACAUAUAUUUAUAAGAACAGAGAAGAUUUGUGGCAAAAUUUUGUGGUACUGAAAGUGUGGGGGUAAGUUAUUAAGAAUAGCAGAUGUACUGGUCUAUUGGCCCAUGGCACUGUCAAAUCAACACUAAAUGCUGGCCAGUUUUUCUGCUGUUCUUCUGUGCUGCUAUGGGUUUGGAGUAUACACAGCCUUUGCCAUGCCUAGACCUCAAGUGAACCCAGGAAAAUGUCAGGAAUAGGACCAGUGUCAGCAACCAGAAAGGCAAAACAUUAGCAUUUCUGGGCAUCCUUCAAAACAGGCCAGAUUUUAUAUUUUAGAAGCAUGGCAGAUGCCUUUUUAAUUCCAAGCAAUGGGGAGCACAUAUUGACUGCUCCAAGCAAAGUCUGAGGAAAAUUAGUUACGCCUGUUGAGAAGCAACAUGGAAGGAGAAAAUUCAUAUUUUUACAAUAAGAAUUUUGCCCUCUUGCAUUAAUUGUCCCAUGGCUCUGCAGUCACUGUUGAUGUAAGUUAUAGAUUACUGGAUCAUUGCUGAAUAGUGGAGUAUUUUUGUUUGUUUGCUGGCUGGCUUGCUUAUUUGAUUUCAGUGAAAUACAAAUGCACCCCCCCCCAUGCGCUAGUUUUGAAAUAGCCAAUUUGUCUAAAACAAGGGCCAACUUGGUGAUGUAUAAUGAGCUGGAGGGCUGCAGCUAAUUUGCUUGUUUUAUGCUUGCAUAGUUUUCAUGGAUAUGCUUUGCACCAGGCUGUGGCAGAGGGACAUGUUGUGUUUCAUCUGUGAUGCCACAUGGACCCUGGGUUUUUGUGUUGGUGCUUUUUGUGGUGGUGCAUUGUAAAGGAACUGCUUGUCACAACGUUAUCUGUUUUGGUAGUACAUCUUAAACUGCAUGCUGCAAGAGAACAAUUUAUAUUAUGUGAGGAGUUAAUUCAAUAAUUAAAGGAGGACUAUGGUUUUACUCCACAAAAGGCAAGGGAGACACAUUUGGGAUGACCAGAUGCAAAGAAGACACGACAAACUGUCCCAUUUGAAAUACCAUCUUCUACACAACUAUUAUCAUUGUAGGGGCCCUGUCCUCUUUUUAAACCAGGCAGAACAGGCCAGAGGUCUCAGUGGUUACUUACUCUGCUGCUAUAGCCCCGACUCUAUGCAUAUUUACUCAGAAUUUUUCACUCAGUUGAAUUUGGCUUACUCCCAGGGCCAGCUCAAGUCAUUCUGCUGCCUGAGUCAAAGGACAAGAUGGUACCUGUAGUAUCUCUUGGGCUUGGAAAGGGUACUCACUGUGUGAAGAAACCUUGUAACAGGUCUGCCAUGAUACCAGGAAGCAACAGGAGCCAGGAAAACUUCAGUAGCUAUAUCUAUUGCUGUGCAACAGAUCAACAACUCAGCAUAGCAGCUAGGUAAGCUUCAGCAUAGCAUAGCAGCUUCAGAGAUAAGACUAAGGCCCUCUCAGCACCUCCUGAACUUCAGACACUUAAGCUGACCAAUAAGUUGAACACUGAUGAAGGGACAGUAUCUUCCACUGCAUUUGAGGGGACCAGGCCAGCUUAGGGGAUGUAGGAAAGCCAGUUUCUUAGGUAUUUUGGCUGAUGGCUCAACAGAUAGGUCGACUGUGGCAUCUGAGAUUAUUUACUUUAUUUGGAGGUGAAGUGAAGUGUACUUACUGCGAAACAGAGUUGCUUUGGAGAAACAGAACUGUUGUGGGGAAAACAACCUUUAAACUGGUGCAUAUUAUAUAUAAUAGAAUAUUUUUGAAAUAAAAGAGCUUGUUGGAGGUUCUAGCAGGGGAGCGCAGCUAUUGUAUACCCUUGACCGAAGAAUGGUACACUCCUGCUACCUGGGAUGGUCAUCCUCUUCCACUAAACGCAUGGCAUUGGGAGGGACACACAUGGAAUGGUGCAGGAGGAAAGGGACAUCCGCCUAGCCAGCCAGAUCAGCCGAAUCAACCCUGGCAAUCGAUGGGGUGGCAGAUGUCGCAGCCAGAUCACCCUCACCGUCCGUACAGGAAAGAUGUCUCACCCUGGCGGAGAAGGUCCUUAUGGUUUCUUAGCGAUGUAAACACUUCAGUGACUCAUAAAGUCGCCCUUUUUGCUUUGGCAGCCAAAAAGAUCAGAAAGAAGACCCUAGACAAUAUAGCAGUGAACUGUAAGGGAGAUGCAGAGAUCUAAAUAGAGACCAUUAUUUGUGGUGCAACACCCCUUUUGCUUGUAUUUAUUUUUUUAUUCAGAUUUGUACUGCUACUAGCCUUUAUCGGCAUAAGUUAAAACAAUAAAAUCAUAAAAAGUCAUCCAAAUACAUUGAUAAUCCAAACACAUACAAUAUAUAAAAGACUAGAUAGUCACCACUGAACAAAUCAGGCAACUUUAGAUUUAGCUUGACAGGGGACUUCCGGGGCGGCGCGAUCGGUAAUGGCGGAUUCCCUCUGAUCCGGAGGGACUGUCUCCACGGAAAACGGGUCUGUUCCGCUACGGCGAAGCGGGGACCCUUUAAAAAAUCACAGGCGGAUGAAGCCUGUGACCAUGGGACUCGGCGGGCACCAUUUGCGCCCCCCCCAAUUCGUAAAGGAACCCAAUUACGGGCUCCGGAGCGAAAAGGGGCUAGUGGCGCGGUGCUGAGAGUCAACUGCUUCUUCCGUGGAGCGAAGCCGCACAGCCGUUGCCGGAGAGCGCUACCUUUUCCUGGGACAAUUUGGCUACAAAAACAACUACCCGUGAGCAGAUCAAAUUUGGACAAUUGGACUUUAAACAACGAUCUGUGAGUAGAACGGAAAAUUGGAUUAAGAAAUUCCUCUUAAUUUGGCACUGAAGCGGGAAGGUCUAAACAGGAAGUCAGCCUUCCGUUUCUUGUAGAUAGAUUAAAGCAAAGACAUGGCAAACUAGAGUUUAGAAAAUCGUUUGUAAAGGAUCAACUUUCAUCAUCUAAAACUACUGAACCCCCUUCGGAAGCAGGAGAAGAGGGGGGAUUUUUUCUGGAUUGUUUAAACCUGCAGAAGAGAGUGUAAAGAAAAGUAAUUUUCCACCGUCUUGAACCUGGGAGCAGGGUGUCAGGACAGACGUUUUUGGGAAGUUCAUUGACUAUAGACAAAUGUUUUUGACAGACAGCUAAAAGAAGAGAAACAUAGUGAUUCCAUUGUUCUCUUUCGCAUUUUAAAGGAACAAAUACUGACAAAAUAUCUGAAAAAGGAAACUUUGUUGUUAGAUCUGCUGUUAAAAAAAGAAAAGAAAAGAGAUUGAUACAAAUAGAAGUUCUUCCCCUAGAGGGAGCUUGUGAAACUGCUGUUAAACUUGAACUGGGGAGCUUCGCAGCUGCAAACAGAUUAAGAUCGUGGGAACAGACUUCUGACCUUGCAUAACAAUGUAUUCAGAGGCUCUGGUGCGUGCUUUCUGCAAGACAAGUGCUUUAUUGGAACAGUUACAUGAGAAGAUGGAUUUGAUGACAGUUGCGAUCAGAAAUUUUAGACAGGUAGUGGGUAUCUAUAUAGAACCCACCCAGGAAUCAACUCAGGAGUGUGCUCUGACAGAUCAGAUGAGGGAGGAGGUUGUUGUUGGACCUCGGGUGGCAGAGAUGGAGGGAGCUGUGGCCCAGCAGGAACGUGAGUUGUUGGAUUUGACAAAUGAACUUGGAAAAAGCCAGAUUUGGAGAGAGAGUUUUGUUGGGCUUGGAGAUGGGGGGCUGGAUAGACCCCCCAUGCAGGGAUGUCUUGACUUUUCAAGUAUGGCAAUGGGCCGUGAGGAGUUUGGGGUUGUGGGGGUCCUCAACUCUGGAGGGACCUUGAAACAUGCUUUUAAAUACCAUAUGGAGUUCAGUGUGGACUAUGGAAAAGGGGCUGAUCUGUCGAGAAGGGACAAAAAUACUGUUAAGUUGGAGUUUCCACGAGUGAAAGGACCAGGAGACAAAGUAAAGUACAGGUAUAAAUAUGAAGAAGAUCUGCGGAAGGGACAUGGAAGAGACUUAAGGGCCUCGGACAUAAGAUUACCAGGUUAAUGAACUAGAUGGAUGGGACAGAAAGGACUGACAAAACCCGGGACCAGGAGGAAGAGACGUUGGAUGAAGAUUGGAAGAAAGUUUUAAAAAAUUUUUAUUUAGGAUUGUUUUGUAAAAUUAAUGAGUAUUAGAAAAAUGUUGGAACGAAACUAUUUGGCUUUAGUAGAAAUGUUAAAAAGAACUAUGCAAGAAUAUGUUAUGGUUAUGAGAAAUUGGUAUAAACAAGAUUUAAGUUUUAAGUUUUAGGGUCUUUUAUAGUAAGAUAAGGUUAAAAUAGAUUAAGGUAAUUUAAUGACAGAAUAUUAUGAAAAAUGGGAAGGAUUUGCUGUGAUAAUUAAUAACUGGAAUACAAAAAGGGAGGUGUGAGGAGGUCGAUGAAAUAAGGCAAUGAAAGUUAAGGAUUUGGGAAUAUUGGAUCUGUUUUUAAAUGUUUGUGGUUUAUUUUUGUUUUUUGGAUUUUGAUGUGUUAUGUGUUUUUUUUUUGUUUCUUUUUGAUUUUUAUCGAUUUGUAUUGUUUGACUGCUGUUUGUUUUUCCCUUGCUUUUUUUUCUUCUUUGUCUCUUUGUUUUUUUCUGUAAUUUUAAAAUGCUUAAUAAAUAUCAUUUUAAAAAAAGAAGAAGAUUUAGCUUGACAGAUCUUGGCUAAGUACCCUGAAACCAUCUUGGUAGUUUUGGGAGUAUCAUCCCUCAACAAAUAUUGGAUUACAGACUGUUUGUAAAUGACUAGGGAGUCACUAGGAGAUCUCUGUGAUGGGUGUCGAGAAGAGGGCAAUCCAAAAUUAUGUGAUGUAUCUGGUGUUUUCUUAUUAAAGGAACAGAAUCUGUCCUGGAAGGGGUUUUCCCCGAAACCUUCCAAACAAAACAUUUGAGGGGAAUGCAUUUAGACAAACUAGCAUAAAAGCUCUGUGAUUUGAUGGAGUAUCUACGGUAAAUUAUAAGAGUAAUUAGGCAUUACUCCAUGGUGGGGCUGCAAUCCUAAGUAAGCAGAUGAACAUACAAGAGGCUGGGAAGGGUACAGUUUUUGGAUUUCAUGAUCUAACAGCCUCUGUUUGAUGAGAGAGAAGAUUUGUGAGUCAUCCAAUAGAAGAAGGGAAUCUACUGCAAUCCCUGUUUAUCUGAGUUUGAGGGUAAUAUCAUAAAACCAUGUAGAAUUAUGCGUAUCUCUCAAUUAAGAAGUUAGUAAACUUUCCGGCUCUGUAUUAAAAUGAUUUUUUAGCCAGUAUUUGAAAGUCAUAAUCCAGCUCCUAGAUUCUAGGAGAUGCUUCCCUAACUCUGCACACAUAGCCAGAUAGAAGACACAUUUUGGAGCUCCUAGAAUUUGUCAGAAGAAGGAUGCCUAUAUGCCCUCAACUUUGUUGUUAAAGUUAGUUAUCCAUAAGGGAAUCCCAUAAAGGAGUUGCCAAACAGUUUUUGCGCUAUAGGCCCUAACCCCUGCAGGCACAUUCUGAUUAACAUUGAGAAAUUAGAAUUGUUUAAUUCAUGCUGCAGAGCAUUUAACUAGGUUGAUUAUUCUGUUACAAUGGGUCACCCAUUUUAGAUUGUAAUAAAAGAUGAUCCCUAAGAAUUUAAAGCUUUUAAUUUGUUUGAUUUCUUGAUCAUGCACCAUUUAGAUGGAUGCCAACUCUUUGAAAAUACCAAGAUCUUGGAUUUUGAGUAAUUAAUCGCUAGUUGAUUUCCUUGACAGUAAUGAAAGAAUUCUUUUAGAUACCUUUGGAGCCCAACUCUGGUGCAGGAGAGGAGGACAGUGUCAUCCGCAUGUAAAAGUAUGGCAGCUGCCUUAGAUCCUAACCUAGGAGGGUGGCCAUUCACAAUGAAUACAUGUUGUUUCAUAUCAUUCAAAAAUAAAUUAAAUAGUUGUGGGGAAGAAUACAGCCUUGUUUGACUCCUUUAAUAGUUGUAAAGCUGAGUGAUAAGUGGCCGUCCGGGGAGAUCUUCACCUGCCACACAGUGCAGCUUUUUUGUCAAGAAAAGUAGUUGGGGUUCUAGCUCAAUAGCAUUCAGUUUCUCCCAUAACAUCCCUCAUAAAAGCACUUUUCAGAUCAAUAAAGGCCACAUGUAACUUUCCCCUUUUGGAUUCAUAUAUUUAUCUGCUAGAAAGGCAAGUGAAAGACAGUGAUCAAUAGUUGAUUUCUGUUUUGUAAAUCCGAUCUAUUCAGGGCCAAUAAUUCUAUACAUUUUAAUCCAAACCAAUAGAUAGCGCUCUAAAUGUUUAGAAUAGAGUUUACUUAUAAUGGACAGGAGACUAGUAGGGCGAUAAUUACCGUAUUUUUUGCUCUAUAAGACUCACUUUUUCCCUCCUAAAAAGUAAGGGGAAAUGUGUGUGCGUCUUAUGGAGCGAAUGCAGGCUGCGCAGUUAUCCCAGACGCCAGAACAGCAAGAGAGAUCGCUGCUUUCGCUGUGCUGUUCUGGCUUCUGAGAUUCAGAAUCCCCCCCCCCCCCCGUGUUCCUCCUCCAGAAACUAGGUGCGUCUUGUGGUCUGGUGUGUCUUAUAGAGUGAAAAAUACGGUACAUGGCUGCUCAGAUCACCUUUUUUAAAAAAUAAAUUGGGAUAAUUACAGAAGUUAACCAUGAUUUGGUAAAAGGUUAGCAAGUGAUGAUGCCCACUAAUCUGCAUACUUUUCAGAAUCUCAGCAGAAAUCCCAUCACAGCCAGGGGUCUUACCGGGUUUUAGUUCUGCAAUAAGUUCCAUAGUUUUGUUUGAGCUUACCGGGGGCCAGUUUGGUAUAUUAGAAGGGAAAGGCUCAUCAGCAUUUGGAAGAAAGCAGGGUAAGGCAUUGAAUAUUUUAAAAUAGUCCACCCAGGUUUGGGAGGGAAUAGUAGGUACAGUUAAAAGAGAGGUAGCCAGAGCUUAUUUGCCAGACGGUUUUAUGAAUGUUCCUUUUUAUUGCAUUUAUUAAGUGGGUCCAUUUUUUCUGAUGGUAUAUUAUCUUUUUCUUAGCAAUAAGUUCAUUAUAUGAACUUCCUUCACAUAUAAGAUAUUUAUUAAGCUUUUUUAAAGUAUUACAAUAAAAAUGAAAAGAAAAAAAACAAAAAUACAAAAUAAAAAUAGUUAAAAACACACAGAUUUUCCAUUGAUUAUUUUCCUUUAGCUUGUUUCCCGGAACUCCUCAUACCUCCCUUUUUUGUAUUCCACUUCAAUUUGUUGGUUCAGCAAAUCCUUACCCUCUUUAUUUAUCCUAAUCUUUGAUCUUGAAAAUAAUAGCAUUAGAUUUUUACCUAUUAAUAACCCUUUUUUCAUAUUCCCUUAAAGCAUUACAGCAGGAAACCACUUAAUUUCUAUCCAACAUCAUUCUAACAUUCAUUAAUUUUACAAUAUUUCUGUAGAUAGUCUUUGAAUUCCUUCCAAUCUUCUUCCACCGACUCUUCUCCCUGGUCUCGGAUUCUGCCAGUCAUUUCUGCCAAUUCCAUAAAGUCCAUCACCUUCAUCUGCCAUUCUUCCAAAGUGGGUAGAUCUUGCGUCUUCCAAUACUUUGCAAUGAGUAUUCUUGCUGCUGUUGUUGCAUACAUAAAAAAAGUUCUAUCCUUCUUUGGCACCGAUUGGCCGACUAUGCCCAGAAGAAAGGCCUCUGGUUUCUUCAGGAAGGUAUAUUUAAAUACCUUUUUCAUUUCAUUAUAGAUCAUUUCCCAGAAAGGCUUAAUCCUUGGGCACGUCCACCAAAGGUGAAAGAAUGUACCUUCAGUUUCUUUACAUUUCCAACAUUUAUUAUCGGGCAAAUGAUAGAUUUUUGCAAGCUUGACUGGGGUCAUGUACCACCUGUAUAUCAUUUUCAUAAUAUUCUCUCUUAAGGCAUUGCAUGCCGUAAACUUCAUACCUGUGGUCCAUAACUGUUCCCAGUCAGCCAUCAUUAUGUUAUGUCCAACAUCUUGUGCCCAUUUAAUCAUAGCAGAUUUCACCGUUUCAUCCUGAGUAUUCCAUUUCAACAGCAAGUUAUACAUCUUUGACAAAAUCUUAGUUUUGGGUUCUACCAGUUCUGUUUCUAAUUUUGAUUUUUCCACCUGGAAGCCAAUUUUCUUGUCCAAAUUAUAUGCCUCCAUUAUCUGAUAAUAAUGAAGCCAGUCUCGCACUUUAUUUUUUAGUUUCUCAAAACUCUGCAGUUUCAGUCUAUCUCCAUCUUGUUCCAAAAUUUCCCAAUAUUUCGGCCAUUUGGCCUCCAUAUUGAGCUUUUUCAGAGCUUUUGCUUCCAUCGGUGACAGCCACCUUGGAGUUUUGUUUUCCAAUAAAUCCUUAUAUCUUAUCCAAACAUUAAACAAUGCUUUCCUGACAAUAUGGUUUUUAAAUGCUUUAUGUGCUUUGACCUUGUCAUACCACAGAUAUGCAUGCCAUCCAAAUACGUUGUUAAAACCUUCUAGGUCCAAAAUGUCUGUGUUUUCAAGAAGUAGCCAUUCUUUCAACCAGCAAAAAGCUGCUGAUUCAUAGUAAAGUUUAAAGUCUGGCAGGGCAAAUCCACCCCUUUCCUUUGCAUCAGUUAAUAUAUUAAAUUUUAUUCUGGGCUUCUUGCCCUGCCAGACAAAUCUAGAAAUAUCUCUCUGCCACUUUUUGAAACAAUCCAUCUUGUCCACAAUUUGCAAUGUUUGAAACAAAAACAGCAUUCUAGGCAAUACAUUCAUUUUUAUCACUGCAAUACGACCCAACAGUGAAAGCUUCAAAUUUGACCAAAUUUCUAAAUCUUUUUUCACUUCCGUCCAACAUUUUUCAUAAUUAUCUUUAAAAAAGUUGCCAUUUUUGGCUGUCAUAUUAAUCCCCAGGUAUUUCACUUUCUUAACCACAGUCAAGCCUGUCUCAUUCUGAAACCUCUCUCUUUCAAUCGGUGUUAAUUUUUUCUCUAAAACCUUAGUUUUUAACUUGUUCAGUUUAAAUCCUGCCACUUCCUUCACAUAAAAUAGGUUUUUUAUCACCCUUUUUGCGAAGGUCUCUGAACGAUAUUCUGAGCAAUCUUUUCUCUGUAUAACAUUCCUGGUCAAGGGGAGGGAUUAGAGAGGGUAACAGAUGCAUGCUUAGCUAUUGUACCACAGUAGUCUAUUGCUGUUAUUACUACCUUAAUAGAAUGUGAGUUAGUAAGGGUUGUUCUCAAAUGCAACAUUUUGUCCAAGUCCAGGAAUUUGGCGAUCACCCCUUAGAACUGCAGGGACCAUUAUUCUAAUCCUUUUCAGAAUACUAUAAGAGGCCUGAUCUGAGUUACCAGGCUUCAAGAUCUUAUUUGCUGGGUCGCAUUUUAUAGUCAGAAGUAAGUCUGUACGGACGCCAAUAAAAAAGAAGUUAACAUCAGAGUGUAGAUUUAGAGAACAGAUGCAGUAAUCAACUACACUCUGACCCCUGGACGAGAUGAAAGUAAACUUAUCACCACCAGGAAUGUUAUUUAGUCCCUUUAAGAUAACUACAUUAUGGGCAAUUCAAAAUUCCAUAAGUUUUAAUCCUGCUCUGUUAGUUAAUCUAUCCUUAGAGGAGCGGUGAAUAGACAGUGGGGUAGGUAUUAUAUCUAUUCCUUCAAAACCCAAUUGGGAUACAAUAUUUUGGUGGAUGGUCCAAAUUUGCGCAUUUAAAUUGGCCAUAAUAAUAAAUUGGGUAAAUGGAAAUUUUUUGGAUAGAGAGAACAUAACAUCUGACAACUUGUCCCAAUUAGCAGUUAGAAACAUCUCAUCUUCUGAGGGAGGUAGACAUUUACCAAAAUUUUAAAAAGGAAAGGUAAAGGACCCCUGACAGUUAAGUCCAGUCGCGAACGAUUCUGGGGUUGCGGCGCUCAUCUAACUUAACUGGCUGAGGGAGCCGGCAUUUGCCUGCAGACCGUUUUUCCUGGUCAUGUGGCCAGCAUGACUAAGCCGCUUCUGGCAAAACCAGAGCAGCGCACAGAAACGCCAUUUACCUUCCCGCCGGAGCGGUACCUAUUUAUCUACUUGCACUUUGACGUGCUUUCGAACUGCUAGGUUGGCAGGAGCUGGGAGUGAGCAAUGGGAGCUCACCCCAUCGCGGGGAUUUGAACCACCGACCUUCUGAUCAGCAAGCCCCAGGCUCAGUAGUUUACACCACAGCGCCACCUGCACCACCAAAAUUACCAGUUGGUUAUUCAUAGUUAUUAGGUAAGCUUGGGCUAAUGGAGGAUAAGUGCCAAGAGGAGUUUUUUUGAAUGGCAGACCAGAUCUGAUUAAGAUCAAUAGGCCAGCUUUGUGAAGAAUUGUCUAUGAGCCUGUGAAGAAUUGUCUAUGAGCCUGUGAAGAAUUGUCUAUGAGCAGGUAAGUUAUAUGAAGAGAAUCUGGCAAUGGGGAAACUCAGCCAGAUGGGUGGGGUAUAAAUAAUAAAUUAUUAUUAUUAUUACCUCAGUCACUAAUCAGGUUUCUUGAAGUAAUAUACAGUCGAAGCUUUUAAGACAGUCUAUGAAGUCCAGGUCACUGGCUCCCCGCCAGUCCAGCAGUGUUUCAGGAGAUGAGGCAAAGAAUUCCAGUAGGGGCAACUGCUGGUUGCCAAUCAGGUUCUACAGUUUGAUCCAAAGGUCUACGACUGUCCUGAGGGACAUAGUUAUUUAUUUGAGGGGCGCUAGGGAGGGUUGGGGUAAGUUCCAUAUCCUCUGAAUUCAGGUUUAUCAGUGGGGUUUGCAUUUUACAGUUCAGCUUCGGGGAUUCUUGGUUUUCAAGGAAUAAAAACUUGGCACCAUUGCUUUCACUAGUUUGAUUUCCCUCAAUUAUUGGGGGUGGUCAGUUAGGUGUAUUAUCUUUAGAUCUGAUAAAGAUGUUGUUCUUUGAAAGGGCACUGCUGAGAUGUUCCAUUUAAUAUAUGAGUCACAGAUUGGUUGAAUCAUAGAUGGCUUUAGAGGGUUUGGAGAUUUUUCUUUACUCGUGGGUAGGCUUUCCUUUAACAGGUCGUGUUUUGCUAUAAUUCUCUGCUACUCCUGCUUAGAAAAGGUCUGUGAAGGUUCUUGGAGAUUUUCUUCCAGGAUCUUAUUUUCCAAUGGCAUGUUUAUACCCAGGCCUGGGUCAUCUGGGAGCAGCAACCUUUGGGCAAAUUUUAUAGAACUCACCUGUUAGUAGUUUCUGGAGGGUUCUCCUCCUUUUUACUUUGUAUGUUAUUAUUUGAUAACAGAUUUAUCUGGGCUUGCACUGUACCAUCGUCCAUCAUAUCUCUGGGUUCGACUUUCCUGGGACUUGCUCUCCCCUUUCCCCUUUUUAUCUCUUUUAUCACUUGCGACUUAGAUUCCUUUAAUUUUAAUUUUAAGCCCAUUGCUUCUUCUUUGUUGCACAAUUUAAGCCCUGUUAAACAGCUUCUCAAAAAAUCUAGCCUUUCCAAGAUUUCUAUUUGGGCCAUGGCUGGCAAUGUCCAAUACUGACACAUUAAGGCUUUCUCUUCUGAAGUAAAAAAAAAAUAUAUCCACUUGAUAGCGGAGUAUCAUGAUCAUGUAUAGGUGGUAUCUUCCAUUCUGGUUUUGAUGUCUUUUGUUUAUAAUAAAGGGGCAAGGAUUCUUGGGUCCAAUUCAAAUCUAUAAGGUUUUCAUCACUGUUUGGUUUCAGAGAAUCUUUAUCUUUGUAAUGGACAGCCCACCAGGAGGAGAGGUCACUGGGGCCUGGUUUUUGAAAAGUCUUAUAAUUUCUAGCCUGUCUUUUAUGAAAAACUCACUGAUUUUAUAAAUAAUGUUGGCUAGAUCUGGAUCCUUAAAGUUAAACCACUGCCUGUGCCCUAAAACUGUCAUGAUAUAGAUAUUCUAUGAAGACAAUAUCGUUGGGCCUCAUUGCUCCUGGUAAGGUCUUAUUUAGAAUAAGCAGGAGAUGUGUUAUACUUUCUGCCUGGGUGAGGAGGCUUUUCAGUUUGGAAUAAUUUGCGAUAACUAGUUUUUGUGGACUCAUCACCAAAUUCCACCCUUUUUCCUAAUGAAAGUCAUGUUGGACUUCUGGGUAAUCAGUUACUGGGUCAAGUUCAAUUUUGUGGAUAGUAUCCUCUGUUCCCCUUGUUCCCAGGUGCUUUCCCUCCUGUAGUCAGAGCAGCAAGCUCAACUGAAGUAUCUGUUUUAUUUUCCUCUGUCUGAUUUUCCGUCCCUAGCAUUUGCUGUGGUUUAGCAAGAUUUGCUGCUGUCGUCUUCCUUUUCCCUUUUUUCCCAUGAGCUUUUGAUGUAGGCUUAUUUGUGUCCAGAGUGGAAACCGUUGGUAUCAACUUGUAAGCUUCUGUAAUAGAUUUUUAUGUGCACAAUGAGUUUUCUUUUGCUUCUUAAAGUUUUUAAUAUUUUUAUUUUUAUUCAGCGCUUUAGAUUUUUUUCUUAUACAGUCUUUUGGUGACUUCUUUAGCAUUUGCCUUUGUCGUUUCAUUGAUUACCAACUGGGUUUGUUUAGAUGUCCUUUCAAUAACUUUUGACUCUAAAGCUCUCUCUUGAAUUGUAAAAAUUUCCACUAAUGUUGUAAGCAGCCCAAUGCUUACUGUAAGAAGGUUUUUGAUGAGGGUUAAUUCUGAGCAAACCAUAUGAAGCUGAUCCUGGAGUUGAGUGUCCUCUGUUUGUGGCUAAUACAAUAAAGUUAUUUGGACUGGAUAGAAAUAGAAGAAAGGUGGGGUGGAAUUGUAUGAUCUUUUAAGUGCAAGGGAUGCCACUAUAACCUAUAAAAGUUUUAUAAUUCAAAGUACAAGUAGUCAGUGUUAUUUGCACUUUUUUUUUUUUGCUGGAAGUGAAAAAUGAAAUAAGUGCCUUUUCUUAGGGAAACCUAAGAACACCUGAAACCUAAGAACAUUUGGAAGUCUCCAUAUUCUGACAAAAGCUGCAGAAUCUCAGCCGCCUGUGCCCUAGACCAUUUAUAUUUUCCUCCUCAAAUGGAAUUUCACUACUUAUGAUUAUCUUUAUAUACAUUCAUGGAAAGUGCUGAUUCUGGCAAUUUGUUGUGUUCAAGAUAUUUCAUUUCACACAUCAAGUACUGAUAACAUUUCCCCCCAGGACCCAGGGAUGUUUCCAAAGAGCUAGCCCAUACUUUUGACAGUACAGUGGUACCUCGGGUUACAAAUGCUUUGGGUUACAAACACUUCAGGUUACAGACUCCGCUAACCUGGAAGUAGUACCUCGGGUUAAGAGCUUUACUGCAGGAUGAGAACAGAAAUCAUGCGGUGGCAACAUGGCGGUGGCGGGAGGCCCCAUUAGCUAAAGUGGUUAAUAACAGUUUCAGGUUAAGAACGGACCUCCAGAACAGAUUAAGUUCUUAACCAGAGGUACCACUGUAUUUGUUGGCUUGCAGUAUAGUCUGAGGCGAUUUCCUUGUUUUUGCCUUCUUUGUGCGCUUUUGUAAUCGUAGUUUCUAAAAAAGCCGCAGGUUUUCCGCAGGUGGAUUAGAGUGCUGCGUCCAGAAAUAGCCAACAGUGCAGGCAGUGGGAGAACUGCAACAGUUUUGGUUCUGUCCCUUGUAUUUCUUUUCUCGCUGCCAGGAAGCACCAGAAGAUGGCAUGGUUUAUACAGAGGCAUGCUCGAUCGAGAGCAAGAGGCAUUAAGAGUUUGUGGAGAUGCUAUUAAUAACGCUGAGAUGCUGUUUAAACACUUUGCUAUAAAGAAGAGAGGAGACAAGCAAUAUUUUAAGCCUUAUCUCUUCUUUACGCUGGCAAAACACAGCUGCACUGUCCUUUUUGCCCCCCCCCGCCCGGAUUUGGGUGUCAUAGGAAGAGAAGGGAGUGAAAGAAACAGAGGUCUGAUGUAAUCAAGGUCCAACGUGAAUGUAAAGGUCAGGCUGACAGAAAGGGUACUUGAGGGUAACUAGAGGAGAUGGCACUUCCUCUCAAGAAUUUUGACACAAGACCUGUGUAUCACUUUAGAAAUUUUGACACCUCUUUCUUAAAGAUCCACAUCUCUCUUUCAGCCCCCUUUAAGAACAAAGAAAAGAGAGACCCUGUUGAACGCUUGGUGAAAUGUUUUAUUUCAAAUGUUUCUUAGGUUAAGGGUCAAAAUCCUGGCAUCUUGAGCUUUAUUUAGCUUUUUUUCAUAAUGUCCUCAAGGUUAAGGCGAGCAUGCACUUUAAAGACCAGAUUAUACCCUGGUCCUUUUAUGAAGCUCUAAGGGGGAAGUAUCUAUAUUAUAGAACACUAAGGGAUUUUGUGAUUGUGUUAUCUUUUGCUGAUAAUCCACUGCAAUGUUCCCUCUUUGUUUCCAUGUCCUGGACCCAAGUAAAUACUUUUGCAGGCUCUUUGGCUGCCCCAUGAGCUCUAUCAUAUCUUGAGAGAGUUUCAGUCAUGUUUCCCUCACCGACCAUAUACAGUAAAUGGUAGUUGUCAUACAUACAUGAGUGUUUGGUUCACUCCCUAAGUUUAUCAGGGGCUUUAAAGUUGCAUGUAUAUCUUUAAAUUGUACAUUGCCUUGGGGGCCUUUUGGAGCCAAAAGAUGACUAAUAAAAAUAUGAUGAAUAAAAUAAUAAUGAAAUGUACCUGCCUGUGCACCUCCUAUUAAGGUAUUUUAAAAAUUCCGCACGCAGAGGAGGAGCAGGGCUAUGUGUGGCUCCAUCCUGAUUUUCCCAGGUUGAGGAAGAAGACCUGAAGUGAGACUGAACACCCUUAGAAGCCUGACCUUGACCUAGAACUGUGCAAAAGAGAUGCCUAAUUGCAAGGAGGCUCCUAAAUUGCAUUCGACCCAGUGUGCUCAGAAUCUCCCUUAGGAGGGCAUGGAUGAAGCUGGUGGUGAUGUGGACAUUGGGAGCAGGGCUAGCAUGUGCGUCCCUGAUCCCUUUUCAUGCACUGAACUUCAUAGUACAGUGUUACCUCGGGUUACAGAUUCUUCUUCUUCUUUUUUAAUAAAUAUUUUUUAUUAGAUUUUCCAUUAAAAAAAACAUUUUUACAAAAUUAUACAUCCAUUUUUAACUUAAACCCUUUUUUCCAGAACUUCCCUCGGCUUGUCUGAUAAUUUUCCGUUUAUUUUUUUUAUCCUCGUCUCAGAUUUCCCAAUAUUAUAUUGCACUCAAAUACUCUUAAUCACAUCAUAUUUUUUAAACAAUAUUUCUAACAGUAAUUUCACAGAGCUUCUUGAAAGCCAACGAACGUUAUUUGCUCAUCACAGAAAUUUUUGAUAUACUCUGUAAAUUUCUUCCAGUCCUCGGAGAAUCUCUGGUCACGUUGGUUACAGAUUCUUCAGGUUGCAGAUUCCGCUACCCCAGAAAUAGUACCUCGGGUUAAGAACUUUGCUUCAGGAUGAGAACAGAAAUCGUGCUCCGGCAGCGCGGUGGCAGCAGGAGGCCCCAUUAGCUAAAGUGGUGCUUCAGGUUAAGAACAGUUUCAGGUUAAGAACGAACCUCCAGAACGUACUAAGUUCUUAACCCAAGGUACCACUGUAUCUGAAGAGACUUUGCAACAUUUUGCUGCGCAAAAUACCAAUGUGUCAGGAGUGCGUGCAGGAGCCAGACCCUGUGACUAGUAGGACUUUGCAGGACUGGGGCCUUCCUAAGUUUGUUCUGAAGAGGCAAGGUGCGGCCGCACAGGUGAGGCCGAUUGGUAACUCGCAGCACCUGGUGGCAAGAGCCAGGAAGGGAUAUAAGGUCAGCAUUUCCCUUCGGCUCUUUGCCACAGCAACACAUUCCCUGCCUUGCUGCGUUUGGCUCCUUGACUCCUUGCUUCUUGAUCCUCGGACCCCUGACUUCAUGACUCCUUGCUUCUUGAUCCUCGGACUCUUGACUUUGUGACUCCCAGCUCUCUGCCACUUGGACUCUUGGCUUCCUCACUCCUGGCUUCUGGAUCCCCAUUCCUGCUCCCACCCCGCCAUCUUGUCCCCGGUCCCAACAUCCCCAGCCGGGACUUUGAUUGCCCGCGAACCGGACUGUGACACAAUGUGACACUGGUGACAUUCCCAGAUUACUGACUUAAUAUAUAAAGUACACCUGCCAUGCUCUUACCCAAUGGAACACAUGCUUGUGACACCACUAUUGUCUAUGAAGACUCUUGGCACUAUAUCCUGGUAAAACUGUCCUUCAUAAAUAAGUAUGUUUCAUGCCAGUGCUGGUGAUGCAAAAAGUAUAAAGGUGCAUGGUCUUCCUGCUCAAAGUAGGGUCAUUAUUAUUCUACUACACCAUAAUCACAAAAGGCAAGGACACUGUUGGGCCCACUUCUGGUGUAGCCCCCAGGAAAAGAAUGCCUGGAUUCAAUUUUUAGUCAUCUCUGUUUACAUAAAGACCCUGUACACCAGUGGAAUCAGGUUUGUUCCCUCGUGGAGAUUGAAGUGAAAUUAAAAUAAUAAAUUUGAAGUCCAAUGUGCUACAUUAAUGUAGUGCUGCAGUAUAAUAAAAAAGGAAAGCAGAACACAAUUUGCCAAAGCAGGGUGAGCUUGACUGUGUUCAAAUCUAGUGUAUUUUAUUAGCUUCUAUAUAUUAAAAACACAGAAAUAUUUAAGUGCACUUCUGCUCUGAAAAAAUGAAAGUAUGUCUGUGAAAGCAAUACCUUUUAACUUUGACUAAUAAGCUGCUCUCGUCUUUACUUGAGAAUCUUCAGGUUAAAUUCUUGUCUUUGGAGAUAAUUUUAGAUGAAUGACCCUUUUGAUAAGCUGGCUUUGGACUUUGGUGUGACAAAAAAUACAGGGUUUCAAAAUGGCAGGCCAUCAUUAGAGAAAUGACAGCAUUUCAUUAGACUCCAUUAAAAUUAAAAUGGUAGCAGCUUAAGAACAUUGGAGCUACCAUACUCAGUUAUAUAGCAUUCAUUGUUCAUACAUGUUAGCCUCUGCUUUUUAAUGUAGAUUAAGACUUGAUGCUUCAGAAGACACUUGUGAGAAGCAUGGUGAUUUUAGCCAGACGCAUUAUUGCAUGACAUCAUUCAGACCCUGCAUGCAUGAAGUUGUCUCCCAGGACCAUUUUAUAGGUACAUCUACCACCAUGUUGUAUUAAUGUCUUUUGAAUGUCGCAAGAUAAUGAAUGCAACAGUUUGGUGGUAUUUUUCUUUCACUGAUGGAGUUCCGAUGUGAUGGCAAGCCAUAAUCUAUGGCUCACAUGCCCAAGCCAAUUGCACUUGGUUUGCUCCAAGGAGAAGCUAGCAACUACCCCUGGGUUAGCGCUAUAUAUGAUUGCGGUUUAUUUUGAUCCUAAAAAACCAUGAUUAGUAGCCAAGGUUUCUUUUCUUGGCAUAUUGAUUAUGGCUUGUUGUAGUGAAACAACCCAUGAUCCCUGGUUUGGAUGCAACAGUAAGCACUUUGUUUCCUCUGUGCGCUAGUGGGAGGGAAAAAGCACACACAGUCUUGUUUACACUUAACUCUGGUUUGCGGUGCCAUGUGAAUUGGACCAGUGAUGAUUAUAGAUAUAAGUACACCUUUACACUAGUAAAAGAAGUGUGCAUUGUACUGAGCGAAAGGUUAUUAAGGAUUUGAAUCCCACAAACGUACCAUUGUGGCACUGCUGUCCUGUAAUAAUGGCACAGGAAAAGGCUGCUGAAAGGAUUAUCUUGGACCAGAUACAUGGUUCAUAUUUAGACACACACACCCCCCUUUCCUUUGGCCGUAUAAAUUUCUGAGGGCACAACAAACAUGUUGUAGUCUGAUUUUGUUUGUUCCCCUGCCUCCAGAAUUUAUUUGAGGGAAGGUUCCUCUGUAGUCAUAAUGCAUUGUGUCUCCCAUCUCUUUCCCUUCCAUCCCCAACCCCACAACAACUGGGCACUAGUCACUGAUGACUGAGCAUUAACUUCUACAAGAGGAUUGAGCACUUAGCAGUUACCCUACAGCAAACAUAACACUGGCCAUUUUUCUGCCUAUGUUACAUUGUGAGUAGAUAAAACUUGUUCAAUUGUUGGCAUCCACCUGUCUUGGGAGACAAUGGAGGAGUACACCUUCAAUGGCUGGAGGGUCACAGUGCCUGCUGUGGCUAUAGAGACCGAUACAGGAGAGGCAUGUUUUAUUGCAGCUAGGGCAGGUGAAGGUGUCUGGUUUUGUUGCUACAGGUGCACCAUGGCCUUUCUUCUCUCUGUGCUCCUCCCAGUAGUCUUCUGGUCACUGCUGUGGAUAUGCAGUGUAGCCUUUUUAACAGCUAUAGAUAUAGAGUUCUUCAAAACCCAGGAUGCCCAUGAUAUGAUGGGCUUUUCCUAUGGCUUCACAGGGAAUUACAGUCUUUUGAGAAACAAAAGUCCUAUCAAGUUUCCCACCACCACCAUGAUGUAUGCAUGAAAUAAUAUAGGAAGCUGUCUUCUACCAGAUCAGAACCCUUGGUUUACCAAGCUCAGUAUGCUAUAUGCUGAUGCAUAGAGGCUCCCCAAGGCAUCAGGCAGAGCUUUCUCCCAGGUCUGCUAUACAACAUCCUUUUAACCGGAAAUGCCACUGUUUUCUCAUAAAGUUGUCAUGAGCCCCUUGAUCCUGACCUGCUCAGGGCUGGGGUGGAAGUUGCUGAGGAGGAAGAGUAAGAGGAGGCGGCCAGUGGGAAACAGCCCAAGAGGGACAACCUUCCCUUGCUCUCACUGGCUCCCUAGAACAAAGAGUUCUCUAGCAAGAGGGGAGGUCAUAGACCAGGUGGACAGGAAGUUGGACGGCUAGAGGAGGAGGAACCCAAGGGGCUGAGCCCUCCACCCCUUUGCUGAGAACUCAGUGCUGCCUCUGCCACUGACAACAGACCCAAGCCCCUCGGAGAGACACACACACCUCAAAGUGCACCAGUCUCAUAGGGAGAAAGUCUUGCAAGUGAAUGCACCAUGCACGGCUGUCCCACCCAUGAGGCAAAGUGAGGCGACUGCUUUGGGUGGCCAGAUUCACAGGGGCAGCAGUUCCUGAUAUAGAUGUUUAUUCCUCCCCUAUUCCUGAUGUAGAUCUUUGUUCACCCUUUAUUUCCUGGCAGGGAGAGGGCACCAUUUUUUGGUUCGCCUCAGGUGCCAAAAUGUCUUGGGCUGGCCCUGGCACCAUGUCUCACUUUUAAAAGCUGGUGGGACAGGUGGGACUGUUUGUCAAGACAUCUUUGCAGCUUUCACCUGGUCUUGGACCCUUGUCACUGUUCUCAAACUCUCUAGCCUUGUCUCUGGAGAUCUGUGCCCAUAGCCUGACCUGUUGAAUAAAGCUUCUUUUCUUACUAAAAUAUAAGAGCCUCUGUCUUGCCUUUGGGAUGGGGCGAACAACAAAAUCAUGUGUUCUCUCACUGAAGUGUUACUCUACCAGAAUAACAGAUGUGGAACAAAGUCUUUUGACUUCUUCUUCUGGCUCAGAGGAUAAAAAGCUGGUGAUGCAACUAAAGAUUCACCCCAUAAACUCUCAACCCCACCUCCGUGGGUUCACUUAACAUGCCCCCCCAUGAGAACCGAAUGAGUGAAUGGAUUUUGAAAUGUUUUCUUCAUCAAGGGAAAUUUCUUAAAUUUCUUACUGAAAAAUACUCUUUGGGACUUCUCUUCCAGCUCACCUAAACAAAAGCAUUGGGAACCAAUUCACUUGCACAGCUGUCUUCUUUCUUUCUUUCUUUUUGGCUUUCUACAGCUGUUUUUGAUCCCCUCUAUUAUGUUUUCUGAUAUACCUGCAUUGUCUACAGUCUUGGCAGGGACAGCUGUUAGUGCAUAAACAUUUAUGGAUAUUACUGAACCAGCAGUAAGUCUGUUGUCCCCAUGUGCCCGUGCUAGGAUGUAUAUUAGACCCUAAAGGUUUGCUAGGUCAAAAUUAAUUAAGUUCUAGUUAGCUUCUCCACAGCUAGGAUCUGUAUUCCUGAUCCAGUAAGCUGCUCCUUCAGAACAUUGACUCUUGUUAUCUGACUACUAGGAUCAAAGGUUUUAGAAUGAAUAUUUUUGGCCUGUAUUUGAUGUCUGAUUCUUGUUUCAAAGAGCAGAAACUAGCCAGUGUAUAAAUAAAUAGUAAUAUAAAGUGGAAAACGAGGCAUUCUUGUUAUGAGCAGUUUUGGGAAACAUUUUAAGAAAAAAACAACCUGUCAUAAUGUAGCAGUUGCAGUAAGAUAAAUAUUGUAUUUAUAAUUUUAUAAAAUGUGCAGAAGCUACUGCCUUUCUGUAUAUGGCAAUAUACAAUAUGAUAAUUUGGUUUGGAAAUAUAUAUGCUAGUGGUUUUCAACUGGUGCCCUGGGGUGCCUUGGAUGAAGGCAGGCAUGGGUUGAUGGCUCCGUUGCUGCGUAAUAUGACUGUUGUUUCUGAAAAGGCCCCUGCUUGGUGCAAACUGCUGCCCAAACCACCCUCUGUCUUGCAAGGAGCUCUUGCGGCAUGGAAAAAUUAUUUAUUUAUUGCUUCCCUAUGACUGAUUUUUAAAAUUUAUGAUCCAGUGUAUGGUAAGAGUGAGCCCUGUGCAUCUUAGUCUGAGUAAAUAUAGGUAUAGGGCCAUGCUGGGAACUUUCCACAGGGGAGCCGCAGAAAGAAUGUAGUUGGUCAAGGGAGCCGUGGACUCAAAAUGGUUGAAAACCCUCAAAUAUGCACUUACAGAUUCUGUCUCUGUGUUCUUAUUUGCGAAGAGUGGCUGGGGCAUUUCAGUAAGAUGGGCAAGGUACAAAUAAUAAAAUUAUCAAUAAUAUUAUUCUCACUACCCACUGCACAGCAGAAAUUUGCCAAGCAAUAGACAAAUCACAAAAGUAACUCACAUGUCAAAGCUCAGCUGGUUAUAACAGAACCUUUUCGGUGGUGGCACCCAUCUUCUGAUAUUCCUUUCCUAGAGAAUUAAGAGUAGCCUCUCCUGCAUAUCUUCAGCUUCAGUUAGCUCUUUGGUCCAGCACAUUUGGUGAUGUUUGACAAAGAGACUGCUGAUUUGUAUACUUCUUUCCCCCCCUGCUAUUUUGAAGACUGUUUUUAAAAAAUGGUUUUAAACUUUUUUGUACAUUUUUUUGUUUAGAGCAUGCACUGGGUUGGAAAGGCAAACAAAGGUGUUCUGAAUAGAGCAAAUAGAUAAACGAAAGGCAAGGAAGGACUCCAUAGUGCUACGGUUGUGUAGCAUGAACAUUGUGGUGUGUGAAACAAUGCUAUUUGCCUGUGAACUGCUGCAGCUGGAAAUUCAUGCUGCAGAAGUUCUUCUUUGCCGACAUGCUUGCAGGAUGCUCUGCGAUGCUUCCCACUGGCCCCUUUAAUGUUUUACAUAAGGUAUUUCCAUUUGGUUGCAUUCUUUCACACUUGAUGUUCCUGCGACACUCGGUUGGAGUAAAAGGCAUUUGCAAUGUGUAAUGGUAACUGAAAGUUCAGUCAUAAUGUGGAUUAGUACAUGAGGAGCAUGAUUAAAUAUUGAAGCCAAGAAUGUAAUCCCUUGUCUCUUUUCUACAAAUAAAAUGGUCAUGUAUGUAUGGGGAAGAAUAAUCCAUCAACACUUUAAAUUACAAUGUCCCAUAGACUUGGCGCUGAGGCAGACAAUUCUACACAAUAUUUCUAGGUGUUAGAUUUUUCACUUGACAGGUAUCCAGUGAGGAAAUUCACAUAAAAUGUAACUUUGACUGUCUGACAGUUUUUCUGGAUGGGGGAAGGUGGGUAUUAUUUGUGGAUUGACCAUUAUGAAAAGACUUGUUGGCAAAUUGUUCCUGGACUCUACCACUUUAGACUGGGAGAGAGAAAUGGCAAGCUGUCUCUCCCUAUGAAAAAAGAAUUAUCCAUACAUCCAGAACUAGCAUACUGAAUAUAAGAGGGGAGGAGACCUCUCUCCCCCUACCUCCUCACGUGUGUGUGUGUGUGUGUGUGUGUGUGUGUCCCCAAAAAAUGUUUAGGAGUACUCUCAUUUUGACUCAAGAAAAUCACCAUUUUAUGGUUCAAAUCAGGAAAAAUACAGUAAAUGGACAAAAGUGCAAAGAUUCACAAAAUGGUUAGGGGUAUGCGUACCCCUGCAUCCCCCCAGAAAAAAGCACUGUGUACACACACACACACACACACACAUGCACACAUACACACUUGAUAAGGCCUGGCAUACCCAUGAGGCAGACCCCACCACCUCUGCUGCCAGUGGAGAAGUGGUGCCAGAAUCAGCACGGAUUUCCAGUAAGAACUUGUGAGAUUUCACAAAACACAUGAGCUCUCAUGAGAUUUCGGUAAGAGGAUCUUGCAGGAAAUUGGCACCCAAGCCGGCAUUGCUUCUCCACCAGCAAAAUGCCACCCCUAUACCUGGAGAUCAAAUACCAAGCAGUUAAUAUGUUAAGACUAUGGUGAGGAGGUCUAAAUAUCUAAGGUUUUGAGAUUUGGGUGGGGAAAGGGACCUGUGUAUUAAUUGCCACAAAACCCUGUUAGUUGUUGUGCAGGAGAUAUUUUAAAAUAUAGUCUUCAUGCAGACACAUGUUUAUCCAUUUAAAAGGCUGGGGACAGAAAAAAUGGGGGUGAAGCAGGGCGACUCAGAACUGAAUUGUGUGAGCGAAUCCUUAAGUGUGUUAAUAGAUUUGGGUAUCCACCAGAUCUGAUAUUUGAAUCAACCUAAUUCAAACCUAUUGAGGUCUUGCCUGAAGCCCUACUGUAAUGAAUUCAGAUUUUGAUAAUCUCAGUGCUAAGGAUAAACGAAGGAAUGUGCUCAAUUGAUUGAAUCAAUAAAACAUGUAUCUAGUACAUGUUCAAAGCAUUCUGUAUACAUUAUCUCAGCCACUGUAGUCAGCUAGUACUAUUUUGCCCAUUGUGCAAAUGGGUGACUGAGGCUGAAAGAAUAGUCCUUUGACUAAGGCUACCUAGGAAGCUUAUGGCUGAGGUCAAAGUUGACCUGGGGAGUUUAUAGUUCCCCCUUCCUAGUCACUGCACUACACAAGCUCUCUUUUGUUUACAGUGGUACCUUGGGUUACAUACGCUUCAGGUUACAGACGCUUCAGGUUACAUAUGCUUCAGGUUACAGGCUCCGCUAACCCAGAAAUCGUACCUUGGGUUAAGAACUUUGCUUCAGGAUGAGAACAGAAAUCGCGUGGUUGCAGCGGGAAGCCCCAUUAGCUAAAGUGGUACCUCAGGUUAAGAACAGUUUCUGGUUAAGAAUGGACCUCCAGAAUGAAUUAAGUUCUUAACCUGAGGUACCACUGUAUUUUUAGUGUUUUCAUUCUUUUUGAAAAAUAUUGUUCACAUAUGCAUUUUUAGCUAUGAUAAAUCAAAGACGCAUGAUAGAAUAUGAACUGCCUAUCGUUGCAUUUUUAAUAUUUUGUUGGGAGCCACCCAGAAUGGCUAGGGCAACUCAGACAGAUGGGCGGCAUAUAAAUAAUACAUUUAUUAUUAUUUAUUGUCAUAUGUUACACAAAAGGUAGCUAUUAAUUCAGGACAUUUAGGCUGCCAUCCUUUAAACCAUCGGUAGGCAAACUAAGGCUCGGGGGCUGGAUUUGGCCCAAUUGCCUUCUCAAUCUGGCCCAUGGAUGGUCCGGGAAUCAGUGUGUUUUUACAUGAGUAGAAUGUGUCCUUUUCUAUGUCCUUUAAAAUGCAUCUCUGGGUUAUUUGUGUGGCACAGGAAUUCAUUCAUUCCCGCCCCCCCCAAAUAUAGUCCAGCCCCCCACAAGGUCUGAGGGACAGUGGACCAGCCCGCUGCUGAAAAAGUUUGCUGACCCCUGCUUUAAACAUUUACUUGAGAAUAAGUUCCAUUGAACUUAAAGGGGCUUAACGUUUGAUCAGACAUGGAUAGGAUUGCACUGUUAGUCUACUCCUUAAGUUUUAUCAUAAUCAGAUUGUCAUGAUCAGCAUGAAACACCAUGGGUGAAUCUCAAAAGCAGUUUCUUCAUUGCAAAUCCUGUGUGUGUGGACUGUAUCAUUCCUAGAAAACAAACUACAAAUUUGGAAACAUCACAUGGUACAGCUUCUUCUGAAACUAAGACUACAGGUAAGGCAUUCAUGUUUGCAUGCUCCCAAGAUCAAAACCUAUUUGUCUGUGUAAAGGUAGCACAUCAGGGAGAAAUGCUUCCACCACUGGAGUUGCCACCGCCUAAGGGCAGGAAGGUCAUUUUAGGUUUGGGUGGGUGUAACAAGAAGUCUGUGGAAUACCUAGAAGUAGUGACUGAAGACAAGAGCCUUGCCCUAGUUUUUGUCUCUACGCACCUGUUUUUUAAAUGAAAAUGGGAACUCCAUUCAGCCGUCAUUUAUUUAUUUAUCAAAACUGAUAUUGAUAAGCUGAUUUUCAGUAAAUUUGUCUAAUCUUAUUAAAAUAAACUGGCAGGCACCACUAUAUAAAAUUCCAUCGCCUUAUUAGGUUUCAUGUGGAAAAUCACUUCCCAUUGUCUGUUUGAGCCAGUUGGUUUGAUUGGACUUUCCAUGUUCUUCUCUUAUAAGAGAUGAAAAAAAAUUCUCUCUCUUUCCAGUCUCUUCACACAGCUCAGUAUGUUGGGGCUACAAAAAAUAUAUAUGUGUGGUUGUUUGGUUUGCUUGUCAAACUAAAACAUUUGGGAACCCAGUGGGACCUGCAGUGGCAUUUCCUACAAAUUCUGCCACUGUGUGAAAUAAACAGAGAAAGCCCACGACCCCCCCAGGCAGCAGUGGGGGGCGGGGAAGCGAGACUAGAAGUGUGCUUCUUAAAGCCUUGCUGAAAAGUUUAUUUGAAAGCAGUAUGGCAAGGUGAGAUGGUUUGAUUUGAUUAGCAAGUCUAAAUGUAUUAGCAGUAAGACAGAAACUGUAUUACAAUUAGAGGUAAUUAGUUGCACUGAUUACUUCAGACCACAAUAUCGUUUGACAGAUGCUGAUCUGAGACAUGGUAUUAAAAUAACAGGGUACUUUACCCUCGUAAUGCAUCUUAGUUUAUUUCAUAUUUGGCUAGACUUUCCUCCCACCCACCUUGCCAUCAUUCACUUACAAAUUUUCAGUUACAGUAGCAGUGGGACCAGCUUUCGGGAAAUAGAGUCCCUCAUACCCUUUUUAAAACAGAGUAGCAGUCUCAGGAAGGGACAAUUUUGAGCAAAGAAGCAGUGGUGUGUCUGUGUGUGUGUGUGUGUGUGUGUGUGUGUGUGUGUGUGGAUGCUUAACCCUUUCCACACCUGCUAUUUUUCUGCUGCAGUGCCUGUCCCCAAGUUACUCUCACGGGGAUUUGAAUCACAUGAAAAACAGCUGUGGGGUGGGAAGUUGCAACAGAAAAUGUCAAGUGGGGAAAGAAUUAAGCAUCCGCAGAGCACCCACCUCAGGUGGCAGAAGCACAAGAAGUGGUACCCUGCCCAUCCCAUUGCGCCUGCCACCACCAGAACCUGCCUCACCCCAUUUCACUGGGGAGAGGGAGAUAUUGCAGCACACAGAAUUGCUGCUCUUCUUACCUGCCCAAAAGAUCUCACUGGGUUUGCUGAGAGGGGGCAUUCCGGCAGCGAUGGAGUGGGGGACAUUUUGCCUCAGGUGGCAAAAUGGGACGGGCUGCCUGUGAGCAACCCACCCUCUACUGAGGGACUGUUGCAUGCAUGUAUGUAAUGUAUAGGUGGUUCCAUAACAAAUGUGGUUUAGCAGACGUCCUGCCACAAUAUGUGAUUGUUCUAAUGUAGACCCUGUAGAGACUGAAGACACAAUCAGAAUGAAUGGAAGCUUUGCAAGAAUGCACAGCUUCCACUCAUUUUGCACCUCUUGCCCAGAAGAGGCUCCUGGAGGAUUGUCAGCCAAAUACUUUGGCUCUUCUAAACCAUUCUGCCACUGAUAUACCUGGCGUCACCUGCUCUGAUCCAAAGCACAUAGAACUGGAAGUUACCUGGAGCCUUUCUGUUGGCAGAUGAGGGGUGGGGAUUAGAUCCAUGGAGUGAAAAGGGAAUCUAUUUCCCGCAUCUGUACAGCACUUGACCUCCAUAAAAUGCUACAGGGCGUACCUUGGAUUAGUAGCAGGAACAUAUCCAGGGGAGCAGAAUUAACUGAAGUAAGAUCUUACAGUAAGUUGUAGUGGGAAAUAAUUACCCAUAGUGCAAAAAUGAACAGCCCACUGAAUAAAGCAGCUACUUCAUUCCUAAUAGUACAAAUAGUCAGAAUAAAAAUUUAAGCCAAUGCUAUUUUAGGACAUAAAAGCAGAAGAAAAUGGAAAGGAAGUUUUAAUAUACACUUGAUCCUAUGUAAAAACUGUUCAAAGUGCAGAUGUUCUAACUGUCAUAUCCUCCAACAUUUCACAGGAGUGAUAUCCUCCAACAUUUCACAACAUUUCAUAGCAGAUAUUUUUGUGUGUGCUUGUAAUAACCCCAGUGGUGCCAACAUUUUUGCAUAGCGUAAGAGAAAGGACGAUUUUCUAGGAGCUGAAUUCCAUUCCAGCUCUAGGAGCUGAAUCCCACCAUUCAGAAGAGGGUUGCUGUUCCAGUUUGCUGUCAUUCUUUGUAGGUAGUGCUUAAUUUAGACAUAGUGUACUUUCAAAAAGCUUUUGACAAAGUACCUCACCAAAGACUCCUAUAUAUGCUAAGCAGUCAAGGAAUAAGAGGAGAGGUCCUCUCAUGGAUCAGGAAUUGGUUAGGUUGCCGGAAGCAAAAAGUAGGUAUAAAUGGACAGUUUUCUGAAUAGAGAGAAAUGGAAAGUGGAGUCCCCCAAGGAGUGGUAUUGGGACCUGUGCUUUUUAACUUGUUCAUAGAGAUAGGAGUGAGCAGUGAGCCAGGUUUGCUGAUGACACUCAGUUGUUGAGGGUUGUUAAAACAAAGUAGAGAAUGUGAAGAGCUCCAAAAGGACUUUUCCAGACUGAGUGAAAGGGAAGUAAAUUCCAAGUGCAAUUCAGUGUAAACAAGUGAAAGUGAUGCAUGUUGGAGCAAAAAAUAUUAUUUUCAUGUACACACUCAUAGGGUCUGAAAUGGAGGUGAUGGACCAGGAGCGAGACUCUGGGGUCAUGAGUAGAUUACUCAAUGAAGAUGUCGACCCAGUGUGUGGUGACUGUGAAAGAGGCGAAUUCUAUGCUAGGGAUCAUUAAGAAAAUUAAUGAAAAUAAAACUUCCAAUAACAUAAUGCUGUAUGGUGCUUCCAUACUUGGAGUACUGUGCUCAGUUCUGGUCACCUCAACACAAAAAGGAUAUUGUAGAUAUUGUAUAGUUGGGAAAAUGAUAAAGGGGCGCGAGCGACUCCCCUAUGAAGAAAGUUUUCAGCAUUUAGGACUAUAGUAGUUAGUUUAAAGAAAAAACAAGCAGGAGGUGACACGAUAGAAGACAUGAUAUGCUUUAUAAAAUUAUGCAAGGCAUGGAGAAAGUGGAUGGAGGAAAGGUUUUCUCCCUCUCUCAUAACACCGAAACUCAUGGACUUCCAAUGGAGGAAGAUUUGGAACAGAUAAAAGAAAGUCCUUUUUCAUGCAGCGAAGAGUCAAACUUUUGGAACUUCCUCUCGCAGGCGGCAGCUUCGUUGCUCAUAACAUCUUGUAAGUAAUUCACCAGGGCUAUGGAUUCUCUCUGAAGAGAGAAAAAGAGAGAAACCGUGUAGGGUGGCAAUCAUUUUAAGAGAGAUCCACUAUUAGAUAUCCAGUGAUUUGUCAGGCACAUGUAUAAGAAAAUCAGGGUUGUUGCUGUUAAAUGGAGGCAGCUGGAGCUAUGAAAUGCCCAUUCUUUCAAAAAGUCACUUCUCAUAUUGGAGAUAACAAUAUUUAAUUUUUCCAACCUAUGUUGCCUUCUGGCAAUCAUUAGGGUUGCUGUAGAGCAAAUCUAUUGAUGACUUUGUAUCUUCCUGAUAUAUUAAACCCUGGGUACAUUUCUCAUGCCACACUCAUAGUCUUCCAUUUCUAAAGGGUGAAUCCCUUUUGGUUUUAACUCUGAACUAUAAACACAUUAAGGGUUUGGGAAGAGAGAGAAAAAUGUAUUUGAAAAUCAUACUAUUCUUCAAGAAUAAAACAAUUUUGUCUAUCUGUGUUCGGUUUGUGAAAAAUAAUCUUAUUACCAGCCUUUCAGAAUAAACUGAAUUGAUGUGCAUUAAUAUAGACCUGUCUGGUGUCUGAACUGUCUAGAGAUAGAUAUGCUGAAUGCUUGAAUUAUACAAGUCAGACACGUUUGGAGGUUUCUUCAAAAUGUACAGUGCAUGACUUGACAUACAUAUUUCAUUUAUUUGUACAUAAAUUAUGCAGAGUUUCUUAAAAAUUGUAAUGAACAAUGAUGAUGAAGUUGGAAUUCUGAACAUUCAGAAGUAGGUCCCAUUUAGAUCCAAACAAACAAAUUUGGGAUCAUGGGUUGAUUUCAUUAAGGGCAGAUGGUCUAGGGAGGCCAUGAGCUUCCCGUUUUAAUUUGAUUUGCACCAAGAAUAAAAAAAGGAUUUAUUUUUUUACCCUUCGUUGUUGAGUGGAAUUUGAAUGAAACUUGCCCAACAGUUCAUUGGCAGGGGGAGAGAUUUCUCCAAAAUUUUCAGUAGGGAGUUUCAUUGUACCUUAUUUAAAUUUAGGAGAUGGUUAAGGGUUUUCUGUCCCCCCCAAAUUUGCUUAUUUAACUUUUUUAAGCCUCCUGCACCACUUACAGUGCUGCAAAGCUCUCUCUGCACCUUCCUACCCAUCACACUUUCUCAAAUGACGUGAGAGUGAUGCCAUGUCACAUUGCAUUGUCUCACUUCCCAAGUCAUUAUAGGAAGUGCAGACCAUGAGAAGCAGUGCAAAACUUUCUCCACCACUUACUGCCAGCCUCACUUCCUAAUGGGACCCAGUAAGGCAGGACUGUCCAUUAUGGGGCCUGUUAGAUGUUGCUGGACUAAAGCUCUCACCAUCCCUGACUGCUGGUCAUGCUGGAUUGAUAAAAAAUAAAAUUAACAUCCUAAGUUCAGGAGGCAGAAAAGAGCCUCCAGAAGUAUGUAAUUGUGCAGAGGGUGGUGCGUGCUGCAAGAGGUCCACAUGUGUGCAGUAGUGUUCCUGUUUUCAUCUGUGAAGUGUUGCAUAGCUGUCAACUUACAGAUUUGAAAAUAAGGGACCAGCAGCCUUGAAAAUAAGGGACCAGCAGCCUUGAAAAUAAGGGACCAGCAGCCAAAAUAAGGGACCAGCAGCCAAAAUAAGGGACCUGCAGCCUCACCUGUUCCAGGCACUCCAGUCUUCCUGUCCUCCUGCAGUCUGGUCAAACUCAUGCUGGUAGCUUCGAGAACACUGUCCAACCAACUUUGCAACCAGAGGUUCAACUGAAUAGAAUCUGAAUCACAUGCACCAGAAGGCUUAUGCAGCCUCAACUUAAAAUGGCUCCCCGGCCUGGCUUUGCACUGCAAAGUUUGCAGCAGCACGUGCAACAAAAUGGUGCCCAGCAUUCAAAAACCCCAUCAGCUUGCAUUAACUAGCCACACACAAGAAGUGCAAGCUCCACCCCCCAGUCGUUCUUAGACUUCUUAUUGGGUGAGCAACGCAGCCAAGCAACACAGUUGGAGCCUCCCUACUCCCUGGCCGGCAGGGAGGGAGGGAGAGGAGCUGCUUCCUUUGAAAUUUAAGGGACAUCAUUUAAGGGACAUUUAAGGGACAUCUAUCAAUAAGGGACAGCAGCGGGACAUGGCGCUGGAAUAAGGGACUGUCCCUUCAAAUAAGGGACACUUGACAGCAAUGAAGUGUUGGAUGGUUUACAGCAGAAGUGGGGAACCUGUAGCACUCCAGAUGCUGUAAGACUCCAGUCGCAUAGUCAGUAGUCAGGGAUGAUGGAAGUUGUAGCCCAGCCAAACCCCUGGUUCAGAGUUUUCUCUUUAGAACAACUUUCCCACCUACCAAUCUCUCAGUAUCCUUUCUGCCAGUCAUUAUUGUAUCAAGGGACCUUCCGAGGGUGUUGACCAACUAUUUAUUGUGUGCGGCUGUUGUAGUUGUUUCGGCAUUUCAUUUUACAUUGCAACAGUCUUGGUUUUAUUGCUUUUGUUUUUAUUUUCCACCUCAUGUGCUGGUGCUCAUACAGUAACGAGCUAUUUAGUAGAUCUUGUGUAUUCCAAGGUCCCCUGGAAAAUGCAGUGCAACUCUGUGUUCAGAAGCAACACUUUGUACCCUCUUGAGAGGUUGUUUGCUGGUGAAGGCUGAGCUCCCAAUCAGGGAUGGAUGGCAGGUUUUCCCUCACUGCAACAGUGUCCCCAAAAGCAACACUGUUUUCUCUGAUAGAAUUAAUAGCAGUCGCUCACUUAGAAGCAAAGGAGGGUGUUCAAAGAACAUCAUUUGGAUAGGGGCUUUACAUAGUUGCACUAUCUGGUUGAUCUCAGAUAGCAACAGCUCUAUCCCAUCAUCUGAUUACCGUAUUUUUCUCUCUAUAACACUCACAUUUUUUCUCCUAAAAAGUAAGGGGAAAUUGUCUGUGCGUGUUAUUGAGUGAAUGUGUGGUCCCUGGAGCCAACUGGCAACCAGACUGGCAACGAUCCACAUGGAUCCUCAGGAUCUUUGCAUUGGGUCACCCCAAAUUCACCAACAGAUCACAUAGCAUGUCCAUGGCUACAGCCUGCACCAAAUAAAUCGCGCACCCACUGUUGCCUGGGGCCACAAUGGUGCAAAAACGUGGUUAUAAAGCACAGAUCCACAUGGAUUCUCAGGAUUUUUGCAUUGGGCUACCACAAACUCACUGUCAAAUCACAUGUCUGUGGCCACAGCAUGAAGCACAAAAAUGAUACAUCCACUGUUUCAUUCAGAAUUUUUUUUUCUUGUUUUCCUCCUCUAAAAACUAUGUGCGUGUUAUGGUCAGGUGCGUGUUAUAGAGCGAAAAAUACGGUAGCUUCCUACCAUUUUUUAAUGGUACCAUUUCCUACCAUUUUAUGCUUCUUUUUUGGUCACAAAUGCCAUAGGUGUUUACACACACACACACACACACACACACACACACUAGCAUCCAUGCAAGCACGCAAGAGGCAUUAUUACAGUUCAGUGAAGCAUAAAGCACGUGAGAAGAAUAUGGAGCAGAACCGACGAAUGUUGUGACUUGGGAAGAGUAUGUGGAUUGGGGACAGUCCUGAGGGCCAGAUAGAAAAGUUUGGAGGUCCACAUUCAAUCCACAGGCUUGGGGUUCCUACUGCUGCACUAGAACAUGGUGUAAUUUUGAGAGCUGGCAUUGGUAUACAUUUAUAUUAAUAUAUGUUCAUUAUCAAAAUCUGUUUCCCUUAUCACAUGCAAAUUAUAUUCUCAUUCUUAUGAUUAAGGAAAGUUGUAUCUCGUAGAGUUAGCUCUCUCUGUUUUACUGGUCUCUGAUAGAGUUUGACUGACAUAAACCAUUCUGUGCUGGAGCACCGUGAGUGCUGUUGCAUUAGAAGGAAAAGUCAUCCUCUGAUAGAACCAGAUGCAAUAUGAAACAUGAAUAUGUCAGUUAAUUGGGUUCAUGCCUUGGAAUAAGACAGAAUACACCAUCUAGCUUUACUGGGUAUUCGUACAAGUAGAAGACUAGGUAUAUUAAAUCUCUUGGAGCAAAAAGUGUGGUUUUGCGGUACCUGAAAUGUAAGAGUGUUACUUGGGAAUAAUCCCCAUUAAACUCAGUGGGUUUAUAUGUAUGCCAUUGGAUUACUUAGAAAACUGCUUUAUACAGAGUUAGAGCUCUGAUCUAUCUACCCCAGUAUUGUCUACAUACACCAGAAAUGCAGGCUUUCUCAGCUUUACCUGGGGACUGAUCUUGGGAUGUUUUACAUUCAAAGCAUGCAUUUCCUGCAUGGCAAAGGUUUCAUGGGAAAGGGGGAAUUAAUUUGAAGAAGAAAGUGGGUCCAGUGUUUACGGCAGGACCACAAAAUUUAUGGAAAUUGCUUUGGCAUCUGACAUAGACCCAGUGGUGCCUUUAUUACAAGGCUACCAUGUUUAGUGGAAUCCCCAGUUGCAUUAACUGAUUAAAACAUUCUGAUCAACUAAAAAGAUGCCCCCAAUUUAUUGGUCAACAGGCUUUGAACAAAAAAAUUGAACAAAAAACAAUGUAAAGUGGCCAGCCCUGCCAUUAGGCAGAGAGAGGUAGCUGCCUCAGGUAGCAGAUGCUGAGGGGCUGGUAGUCAUGGGAGGACAGGCAGUGUGAGCUGUGCAGCCUGCCAUGAGUCCCCAUAGCUGGUCUGCAAUUUUCAGGUAUGGUGAAGGACACUAUCCCAGUCUACUCUGCUAAGUUUUUGUAUUUGCAGUUGGGGGCAGGUAACUUGUCUUUCACCUCAGGCAGUGAAGUAUCUUGUGCUUCAGGCAAGUGCUUAUAAAAACUGUAUUUUUACUUCAAUUAGUAUCUUAAAAAUAGAUGCUUCUAGUUGUAUGAGAGAGAACAGGGAAUGCCUCUUUGAUGUUGCCUAUAGCAACACAUACAUGCUUUAUCUGGAAUGAAAAUACAUUCCCCACCCCCCCUUUAGAAACAUUGUUUUCCUCAUAUUGCCAAUGUAUGCAGAUUCAGUUGCUUGCCUGAUUGACUAAACCUUAUACUGUUAUUUGGCUAUGAUUUCACUAAUUACGCAGCCUUAUGUAUUCUUCCUUUUCAUGAACUAUUUAAGAGAGGUGGAAACCUAAAGAGAAUCCAUCUCCUUUAAAAGUUACAUGAGAAUCAUCUGUGAGCAGCUGGAAUUUUAAUAGUUUGGGACUACAGGGAUGAAGUAACUUACCAUGAUCUUCCGAGUCUCCACUCAGUGCUAUCUGACCUGGCUCUCUGCUCCCUCUUCCUCAGGGCUACCAGGAUUGAAGUUUGUGCAAUGCACACAAAGGUUCUGGGUAAAGACAAAAGGCUGUUCAGAUGAACACCUAGAGAAUCCCUAUGUCAACCUUCCCUAACCUGACAUCCUCCAGAUGUUUUGGAGUAAAGCUCCCAUCAGCUCCAGCAGGGAGUCAUAGCCCAACACAUUUGUAGGGUCAAACUUGGGAGAGGCUGUCUUGCAUUCUUACACGCAUAGGCCCCUUUCACACGUAUACCAAAACAUAGCCUCUUGGCAGACAUGGCCAAUAGGUACAGGGGUGCCAAAGGGACAAGGCCGGUGGGCACAGUCUUGUUCCUGCCCUCAGCAUGUGAGGGAUUUAUCUGAACAGAGCCAAACUGGCAUUCUGUAGUGUGCUGGGAGUCAUUUGAACACACAUCCACUGUGAGGAAGAAGAAGAAGAAGAAGAAGAAGAAGAAGAAGAAGAAGAAGAAGAAGAAGAAUAGAUAUGCUGCCCAUCUGACUUGGUUGCCCCAGCCACUCUGGGUGGCCUCCAGUAAAUUAAAACACCAAACACAGUAAGAUAUCAAACAUUAAAAACUUCCCUAUAUAGGCCUGCUUUCAGAUAACUUCUAAUAGUCAGCUUUUUAUCUCGACAUCUGAUAGGAGAGGGUUUCCACAGGGAGGGCACCACUGCCGAGAAGGCCCUCUGCCUGGUUUCCUGUAACCUCACUUCUCGCAGUAAGGAAACCACCAGAAGGCCCUCAGAGGUGGACCUCAGUGUCCAGGCUGAAUGACGGGAGUUGAUGCUCUUUUAGGUAUGCUGGGCCGAGGCCAUUUUGGGCUAUAAAGGUCAGCACCAACACUUUGAAUUGUGCUCAGAAACGUACUGGGAGCCAAUGUAGAUCUUUUAGGACAGGUGUUCUCUGGUCUCAGUGGCCACUCCCAGUCACCAGUCUGGCUGCCGCAUUCUGGAUUGGUUGUAGUUUCCAAGUCACCUUCAUAGGUAGCCCCACAUAGAGUGCAUUGCAAUAGUCCAAGCGGGAGAUAACCAGAGCAUGCACCACUCUGGCAAGACAGUGUGCAGGCAGGAAGGACUCAGCUGGCAUACCAGAUGGAGCUGGUAGGCAGCUGCCCCAAAAACAGAAUCAACCUGGGCCUCCAUGGACAGUUAUGAGUACAAAAUGACUCCCAGGCUGCACGCCUGGUUCUUUAGGGGCACACUUAUUCCAUCCAGCAGCAGGGAGUCCCCCACACCUGCCCGCCCCCUGUCCCCCAAAAACAGUACUUCUGUCUUGUCAGGAUUCAACCUCAAACUGUUGACUGCAAUCUACUCCCCAAACGCAUCCAGUCACCCACACAGGAUGUUCACCACCAUCACUGGUUUUGUUUUGAAUGAAAGGUAGAGCUAUCAUCCGCAUAUUGGUGAAAACCUAGCCCAACCCCCUGGUGACCUCUUGCAGCAGUUAAGAAGCAUGAGAGAGAGGACAGAGCCCUGAGGCACCCAACAAGUGAGUGCCCAGGGGUCCAAACAAUCAACCCCCACUACUUUCUGGACACAACCCAGGGGGAAGGAUCUGGACCACUGCAUAACAAUGCCCCCAACUCCCAGCUUCUCUAGAUGGUCCAAAGGAUACCAUGGUUGAUGGCAUCAAAAACCACUGAGAGAUCAAGCAGGACCAGGAAACAGCUUUCACCUCUGUCCCUAGCCCACCAAAGAUCAUCGACCAGUGCGACCAGGGUGGUUUCAAUCCCAUGAUGGGGCCUGAAUCCCGAUUGGAAGGGAUCCAAAUGGUCCACAUCCUCCAGGUGUGUCUGAAGUUGUUCCGCAACCACCUGCUCAGUCACCUUGCCCAGGAACGGAAUAUUUGAGAAUGGACAAUAAUUGGCCAUAGUGGCCGGGUCCAAAUAUGUUUUUUUAAGAAUUGGGUUAAUAACUGCCUCUUUAAGGGGUUCCAGGCAAACCAGAUAUCAUACUUGGAAUGUGUAUGUAUCUUAAGUCAAUUUAGAAGCUGCUAUCUGAAUACUUCUGAGCAUGGCCAAACAUUUAUCUUGCACGCUGAAGAAACAUGCCAGUCUUUUUUUUUCUUGUCAGCAUUAUGCAAAUCCCCAGCAUUGACAUUAAUGCCAUUUUGGUUUUUAUAGCAUGGUGACAGCAACAGCCUGCAAUAUUAAAUACAAAUAUAUGUACGCAGUUACAGUAGUGAUUACUGUAGAUGCUCAGCUAGUCAUAAUAUUUGUGCAUGGAGUGAUAAGGCACUCUGAAUGAUAAUAGCACUAGUAGGCACUAGUUAAAGAGGCAGUAAUCCUGUGUCAUUGUUGAGUUCUGCACCUCUGGUUGUACUCCUGUUAUUUGUUUGUCUUGUGUGUAUAACAUUUUGUAAGGUGAAGUAGGGUCUGACUGGCUGUGGAAGGUAGAAACCAAGACAGUGUUGCAGAUUAACUUUACUACCCUUAUUGUGUAAUCUUUAAAUUUGGCACAUUUUACAAAACCUUAUUGACAUUUUGUCAUGAAAAAAGGAAAAUAUAUUAUCCACUUCAACAUGUCAACUGAAAAUAGCUGCACCUGUUCUACAAAAGGUGAAAGGCUGGACUUAUUUGUUAGCAGUGGUGGAGUUGGAGCUAUCUGAGGUCUCUACUGGACCCCCUCCCCCAAGUCAGGUUGGAAGGAAGCACCUCAUGUAGGCAGGGGCAGUGGUUUGGUUACUCCCCAUUCCAGCAUCACCACAUCAUUGGAGCAAUGGAAAGUAACCACAUUUCUGCCCUCGGCCAUUCAAUCUCAUUUCCAGCUUUUCUUUAUUCAGUUGCAGCAUAUUAACACUAACACUGCACUGUAGAAGAAAGUAAGGGGCAGAUGUGACUCAUAAACCUGGAAAGGUAGGGCAUCUAGGAGAAGGAAAACUCUGACCCUAAACCUCCACUGCCUUGUGGCUUUGCUCAUCCGUGAGGAAGGCUUCUGGAGUAAACCCCAAGGAAAAAUCCAUAUCCACUGCCUUGUGGAACAUCUUUGGGAGAAGUAAAUCCUGCACAAAUCCAGAGUGGAAUCCCUAAGACUGGCAUCUUGUAAACCUCCUUCUGGCAAGUCCUGCGGCCAAGCUGGUGCCAAAUGUCUUCCUCUGCUUUCCUUUGGACCACAUCAGCGAGACCAAGAAGGGGGGUCUUGUCAUUGGGGCAGCCCAGGGCCUCCAGACACGCUGCCCAGGCCUGUGCCCCAAGGAGGUCACUUUGGUGCUGCAAAUGCAGCAAAAACACUGCGGGAGGCAGCAGUUAUGAGUUACCAGUCUCUGUAGCCACAGUGGGUGCUGCGAUUUUCCAGUGAUUUGAAUUUGCCCCCAGAGGCACACUCCAUUGUGUCUGAGGCAGAUGGAUGUCAACAAAUUAGCACUACUCAUUACCAAUAGAAUAAGUACAUAGAAUAAGAAACAAGUUAAUGCGACAUCAGAAUAAAAUCAACAACGAAUAAAACAGUAGUGUUAAAGGUCUAUAAAGGAUUAAAACUGGUUUUUAAAAACUGGAUAUCUUGGAAAAAUAGCAAGGUAUUCAGGUGGUGCUGAGAAUACCCCAAUACAGGCACUGGGCAACCUCUCUAGGGAAGGCAAUCUGGCACAGGGGCACUGUAAUAGCAACCUGUCUUAUCUCAUUUGCCGACAGCACCCAGAGAAGAGCCUCUGCAGAUGAUCUUCGGGUUCAGGCAUAUGUGUGGAGACAAUCUUUCAUGUUCCCUAGCUCUAAGUCACUUAGGGUUUUCAAGGUUGAGCUGAACUCCAAUACAGAUGCCAAAUCAGUGGUGUACCAUAAGUGUACUGGGCAUCCUUGCUAAAAAGAAAUAAAUCACGUUGUCCUAUUCUGGACUAAUUUAACGUUUCUGGGCCAUUUUUAAAGACAGCCCCGCAUGUAACACAUUACACCAAUUUUUAUUUUCAAAGGUAGCCCUGGCAUCUAAAACAUUGCAGUAAUCUAAACGAAAGGUUGUGAGAGCAUGAAUAAUUGUAGCAAGGCUAUCUCUGUCUAGAGAGGGUCAUAGCUAGUAUUUUGGCCUAAGCUGACCAAAGGUGCCCCGAGCCAGCAAAGCUGACUGGGCCUCCAAUGACAGCACUACACCCAAGAGCACACCCAAACGACGAGCCUGAUAUUUAAGUGGAAUACAGCCCCCAAUGAAACUAUUCCUCUCCCACUAACAGUGUUUCCAUCUUGUCUGGAGUGAGACAUCCUGAUCUUUAUCCGGUCCUUUACCGCACCCAGGGACUGAUUCAGAACACUCACUACUUCACCUGGCUUGAAUGAAAAGCACAGUGCUGGAUGUCACCCCCAUUUUGAUGGAACCUCAGUCUCCACCUUCGGAGUCUCCAUCUCCCAGUGCUUUCAUGGAAUUGUCUGACUGCAUGGGGAAUAAAUUAAGAGUUCCGUAGAUCCCUGCAGCAUAACUGGCAAAGGGUAGAGCAAUAAUCCACCACUGCCACAUUCUGAAAUUAGCCAUUCAAACAUUGCACCACGGAACCUUCAGGGUGACAAAAGCAGUGUGACAGCCAACUGCACCACAGUCGACUCCAUGGCCCUGCUGGUAACAUAAGACCAGGGCAUCAUGGUGGGUAGGCAAGCUUUGGUGCAAACAAGCUGCUUCUGUGCAUCUAGAUAGCUGGCAAACUCUAGUAAAAACUUUGGGAGAUGUGAAUUAAUCCUGUACUUACUUUAUGUAGCAGUAAGUCCCACUAUUUUCAGUUAUGCAUACUCUGAGGGAUUGCAGCCUUAAUCAUGCACAACUCUCAACCACAUGGAAAUAACACACUUUUAAGUUGAUAGGGUUGCCAUAUGUGUCCGGAAUAUUACAGUCAGCAGCAGUGUCUGGGCAGAAAUUAGAAAAAAAAAAUGUUUUGGAAAAUCUGGACGUAUGGCAGCCCAUGGAAGCAGUGCCGUUUCUGCCGUUUCCCCAUCAAAAUAGCACCAAAACAUGGUGUGUGUGUGUGUGUGUGUGUGUGUUUGGUCAAUUUUGCCCAAAAAUCUCACAAAAACUCUCAACAACUUUUUCCACUGUUUGAAAUAUUGCAACCCUAAAGUUGAGAUAACACAGUCCUGUUUAUUGUUUAGCACGUCUCUGCAAAUCUAAUCCCCUAAUACAGUCAUACCUCUUGUUAUGUUUGCUUCAGGUUAAAUCUUUUCAGGUUGCGUCCCGCGGCUACCCGGAAGACCAGAAAGGGUUACUUCCGGGUUUCGCCGCUCACGCAGAUGCUCAGAAUGACGUCAUGUGUUCUGCUCAUGUUGCGAAUGGGGCUCUGGAACGGAUCCCGUUCACAACCAGAGGUACCACUGUACUGCUGUUUUUCACAAUUUCAUAUCUCAGAAUGCUAACUCAUACAUUCCAUUGAAAUCCACAUGAUUUUCUAUUUCUAAAGAGGGGAAUUGGGGCAGAGGUCCUAUCUAGAAUGUUCCUAGUUAUUAUCUUGAAUUUAAACUUUUACUUCUGUUGGGCAACAGAAAACAUAUAUAAGAAUUUGGAAAAAUAACUUUCAGAGUAUGUUUUAUUUUAAUCACACAAUUAAAUAGAAUAGAGGAGGCUUUCAAGCACCUCAGUUUUUAUAUCACAUGCUUGUUUAGGUCACCUUAAUGGUCACUGGGGAGAUACAGUUUGAUAAAAUAUGUUAAAUACUUCAUAUCAUCUGUGAGGGUUAUGGGUUAGAAUUCCACCUCUGGGUUCACUAUGUGGCUGCAACAUCAAGUGACGACUGCAAAUGUGAAAAAGCCACCACAGAACUAAUAUCACAGAGAGGAGAACUUUUAUAACACCCAACAUCAGUUCACAUCUUCUGCUGCUGGUCACCAAAUGCUGAACAAAAAAAUGAUGAGGAAAUAAGUGUUAAUUUGAAUGUCUGAAUGAGCCUUUGAACCCAUGGAUUUAAACAAGAUUUAAGUACCACCUACCUUCCUUCCCCAACCCCAAGGGAUUAUGCCAGGUGCUUGCAAAGCUGUUAGAUUUGGUUCCAAAGCCAUAAAGCUGGUCUUUCUUCUUCUUUUGUGAUCACUCGUAGCUGAGUAAGAUUGUCUUCCAUGAACACGGUCUUAACAGUGAGUCUAUAAGUGACUAUGGAGGCCAGUUCUGGAUCCAUACAUCCUUCCACAGUAAAUAAUAGGUACUUGACCCAGUGUACACACCAGACCCAAUACACACCAGAGAUUGUAUCAUAUGGUGAGAAAAUAAAUAUUGCAGUUAUUAAAUAUGGGUAGAGGGAGAGGGUCUGAAAUGUGGAUUCCCGUUAACUUUGUUAAUGGAUUUUAGUUUGGAUCCUUCAUUUUUUAAAAAGCAGACAUCAUUUCUGUGAGUUAAUAUUUCAACAUAACGUUUGUUUCCUGAAUAUUUGAUAGCAGCUCUGCCACCAGACACCUCUUUUAGCAGGUGUCAUGACAGCACCUCCUGAGAAGGGAACACUAAGAGCUGGGCUCAUUGGUGAUACAAGUGCAGAGUGUACUUUGUCCUUCGGUCCUUAUUUGAAUUCUAAAAGGACAUCCGUGCCAACUGAAAAGCAAAGGCAGCAGCCCUGAACCCCUCCCUCCUCUUUUCAAGUGCAGCCAGCUCUGAAAUAUAAUUCAUAUGAUCACUUUAGGGUCAUUGUACCAAGUCCCUAAAGACCAACUGCAUCGUCAUGUAGAAUUGGUCAGAGAAAUACGUGCGGUACAUUUUCUCCUCCUGUAAAGGAACUGGGAACAACUAUUUCCAGUGUGAUGAAUAAACAUGAUGGGACUGUCCUUCAUAAAAGAACUCAUGUGAACUCUUUGAUCAUGUGAACUCAUUGCUGCUGAGAUUUUGAGUAUUUUUUCCACAUCUUUUUUGAAACACAUGCAUACUGGUCACCAGUAGCCGGUCAUAACAUUGUCAGUGACUUAAUAUUACCUCUUUUGUAGGAUUCAGUAAUUUGUUGCAUGAAGGCUGCAGUUAGCAAAUUGGGAAUAGUUAAUAGGCUUGAAAAGGUGGAGGGAAUGCCUUUUGAAAUAACUAUCUAUUUCUAUCUUAUUCUAUCUUUUUGCUGCCUUUUUUCAGCAGUGCUACGUAACUCUUGUCAGUAAGACAGCUAUUUAUUUGGAGGUGUUGCGUGCUCAAGGGACAGGAGGUGGCACCAGACAGAUCCCCCCCCACAAGUUCUUUAAUCUUAUGAAAUGUGGUAUGAAACGUAUUCUUAUGAAAUAUGAGGAUUUUUACCCAACGGUGAAUUAAACCCUGGCUCUAAGUCAUACUAUCUGUUUUCUGAUUGGAUAAACAGUAUAUAUACAUAAUAUAUGGAAGUGUCUGCCAAACAAAAAGUGAGUAAGAGUGAGAAAGAGCUAUCUUAGAUAUUCUCCACUUUCUGUUUUCUAAGAGAAAUUAACAGUUUCUUUGGAGUGAUUUCUCCCCUGCAAUAAUGAACUUUUUCAAAUAUUUGUCAUCUCUAUCCACACACCCCUCCCUGCAAUUGCUGAUGCUUUGCACAGUUCUUUCCUUCCGGCUCAUGUUUCUUUGCCCUUUGAAGAUUAGUCUUAUAGGUGAUCUCACCCAAAAGGAGCUAUGCAGUGAAUGGGAUGCUAUGUUUGCAUUAUGUGGCCAGAUCUGUCACUGUGGCAAUUAUGAGCAAUACCAAAUGCGGCCCAUCUAGGUGAAUAAGUUAAUGUUUUUGCAAGGAGUGCCAUAAAAUCACCAACAACAGGAGGUAUUUUUCACACUAUCGAAAAUGUUUGGAAGAAGAAGAAGAAGAGGAGUUUGGAUUUGAUAUCCCGCCUUUCACUCCCCUUCAGGAGUCUCAAAGCGGCUCACAUUCUCCUUUCCCUUCCUCCCCCACAACAAACACUCUGUGAGGUGAGUGGGGCUGAGAGACUUCAGAGAAGUGUGACUGGCCCAAGGUCACCCAGCAGCUGCAUGUGGAGGAGCGGGGAAUCAAACCCGGUUCCCCAGAUUACGAGACUACCGCUCUUAACCACUACACCACACUGGUGUAACCAGUAAGUAGUUUGGACUUCUUUCCACCAAAAAUGCAACCCCCAAAGUGCCUUUGUUUCCUUUCCUCUUUCCUUUCCUUACCUUUCACCCUUUAGAGACACAUCAUGGAGCAAAUACAGUACAUCCCUUUUUGCUUGGCUGUGUAUGAAUUCUAGUAAGUAACUUUUGGUCAGGAGAGGAAUGAAUUACUCUGCCCACUGAUGCUCUAUGUUAGGUUUGGAAGCAAUGGCCAGAGCUUAUUUCCCUGCUAUUUGAUUAUGUCCUCUUUACAAUCAAUUCUGAAUAAGUGUCUCUUUAAAGCAUAUAAUUUGGUGAGGAUGCUGAGAAUUCUGCUAGAGAUCCCCACAGGCUUCAGAGAAGGGAGAACAUAAAAGGGACACCAGUGAGGUCAGGGAUAAAUCUACUUCGUACACUAUAGUGACUCCAGCCGUUAGGUCCAGCCUGUCUGUAUUGUCCAGUUUUGGGUUCUGUUUCCUGGUCCUCCUUUUACCUUACCUCCUUCAGUGUGACAGAACAUAGCUUUUAUCUACAGAUGGGUUGUGUUUGUCUAUAUGCAUUAUUUUUUUAGCUUUUUGCAUAAAGUACAUACGGUUCUUAGUAGUAGCAGGCAGCUAUUUUUGAUUCCGGAUAUGAUUAGUUGCUUCUCGUUCUCUGGUGAUGCCAUGUGAUCCAACUUUUUAGUCCCAUAAUAAAACUUUUUGGCUACUUCAUCUUACUGGAUCACUGAUUGUGAUGUGAAAAUUGCUCCAUUUCCUGACACUUUGCAAGUUAAAACUAUGAAAGAUACAACAGAUGCAUCUUAAAUGCUUGAUUGGUACCAAAAAAGGCAAACAUGUCUUUAGCUUAUGCUUCUGUAAUACAAAACAAAAGCUUACCUCGCACCUUGAGCUCAUAGUGCUCUGCAUUAUUCUGCCUUCACUUUGCACCAUUGGCUCUGCAGCUAGGACGGGGGCAGAUAAGCAUGGCACAUCCAUGAUGUCUGGGCAUGGCUAAGUUCCUGUACAAUGCACUUUGCAAAGGGAGGAGCUAAAUAUGUUGCUGCAACAUUGUGUAUAACAUAUCAUCCAGUUUCGCUAGCCAACAAUGAGAUUAAUAAUAGUUAUUCAUCAGUAGAUAUGCAGUGUAAAAUAAUAAUAAUUCUAGAUGUCCCUACAAUCAAUAUAAAGCAAGAGAUAUAACGAUUUAGAACAAAUGAAAACAUCCACAGUAGAAGGUACUAAGUACAAAACUACAGUGUGACAUCUAGAAACAUUCAGUGCAGCAAAACAUAUUGAACGUUUUUGAAAACUCUGUAUUAAUUUAUCUAGUGUCUCAAAUAAUCACAAUCAAUCAUGAUGUAUUUGAAAGGGCAACAGAGCUGAUCAUUUGUUCACCCCUUAUAUUAGCUUAUCCAUCCAGUUACACAGAAAGAGGCUGCUGUUCCCAACCAGUGAACACACUUAGCAGUCUUCCUCUCACUUUGAAGCAUGUCUUGUGUUCCUUAGCAUCCUUUGCAUGUAGAAAUCACUCUCCAAAGUAGAUGUCGUAGUCAAAUUUGCCUUCAUUUAAGUAAAGUAAUGUAAAAGAGUAAAAAAAAAGUGAAGUAACGUUAAAAAGCCUAAAUUGUAUUAAGAAUUUUUGUUCAUAAUAUAGAUGUACAUCUCUGCAGAGAUGCUCUUGGAGCGUGCAAUGAAUAAAGCUCUGUUCUUUGUUUUUAGAUUAUGCAAACAUGUGUCACAGCCGGCAGAAACCAUAUCGGAAGGAGCAUUUCCUCUUGAAAGCCCUUUCUACUUACUAAGAAUUCAUAAGUUCUUGUAUUAAAAAAGUUUUUUUAAAAAAACAAUCUCUGGUCCCUGAUAAAUCAUAGGAACCAUUUUAAUAGACCAAAAAUUGUGAGCACCAUUUCUAAUUUAUUCAUUCCUUACAGCUUGCAAUCCUCAUAUUAAGUAAUGCAUCAAUAUAAAGUUGCUGUUGUCCUGUUAAAUGGGUGUUUUCACCACCCCUCAAUACCUUGAAUGAAUUCCUUCAAAUGGGAGCUAUCAUUGACCUAAGUUUUAACCCAGCUUUGUUUCUGAUUGAAAAUGCACCACUCUGCUUUGUCCCAGUUCCUGCCAGUUUAGCAGUUCAGUGCACACCAGUGUGAGUAGAUAAAUAGGUACUGCUGCAGCAGGAAGGUAAAUAGUGUUUCCUUGCGGUCUGGCUUCCAUCACAUUGUCCCAUUGCACCAGAAGCACUUUAGUCAUGCUGGCCACAUGACCCGGAAAGCUGUCUGCAGGCAAACGCCGGCUCCCUUGGCCUAAAAAUGGAGGUGAGCGCUGCACCCCAUAGUCAAAUUCAACUAGACUUAACCAUCAAGGGGUCCUUUCCCUUUUACUGUGCAUGCCUUCUUCUCAUUGGCUGCUAAUCUUCUUUUCCAAACCUUGGGAAUUAAUGACAGCUGAUUGCUGACUGAAGUAAGUUUAUAGUUGAACAGAAGGGUAAAUGAGGCUCAGUUUUUAGUGAGAUGUUAAACCUCUGUUUGGGCUAGACCACUUCAGGCUGGGGGGGGGGCUCCUGUGCCUGAGUGCUCCUCACACAAAACACAAAAACGCAAAAAUUAACAAACAGAACCCCCCCCAUCACAUUCAAAACAACCAUGCCAGGAAGAAGGGUUCUACCAUGAUCUUCUAUCUGACAUUUAGGUUUUUAAAUGGCAGAUUUAUUUAGUUUGAAAGAGGAAAAAUCAGUUGUGUGAGCCCCUCUUUGCAGGCAGUACAUCUCAGGCACAAGUUUAGCCCCUCACUGAGACAACUAAGCAUUAGCCGGCAACCACUUAGGAAAGAUGCUCCAAUGGUCUGUUAGCUGCUGUACACAAAACCCCAAAUCAAUUGAACGGCCUGCAAAACCUUCUGAGCUACAUGUAUUCUUUCUCUUCAUACUCAUCACAAACAAGGACAUUUUAGGAGCCUGGGGAAAAAGAUGACUAGGAUAUCUGGGGUUAUUUUCAUUAUUCAAGUGGCUUGGGAUCUUUCGCUGAAGUUUGACCAAAGUUCACUUUCCUCAUGACAGAGCUGUCCUUGGAUCCAGUAAGCUGUCCCUGGUCAAAUUCUACAUCCUAAGAGCUCCUUUUAUCCCCUUGUUUCUGUUUUCCCCUAGUCUGAAGCAUCACAUGCCACAGAGGGGGUUUUCGUUGUAUUUUGUGCAGAAGAACAAAGACCUCCUUUGACCUGGAUUUGGAUGCAUCUGUGA